AUGUCUGUAGCUGUUACAUCCAGUCUGCCUGGAGAAAUGGCCACUUGUGCGAUGCUACAGAGUAUUCUAGGCCUCGUGAUCAUUUUCUCAAACGUUGAAAUGUCACUAACUACAUUGGACAACGCUACAUUCCACAGUGUACAGGUAAGGGCGACCACUAUUAGCAUGCAUUACCCACUGUAAUUACUGCGAUUGCCGACAAUUUGGGGUUUUAGUCAGAAUAGGUGUAGCCGAUAAUUAUAGUAAAUUAAAAGUUCAAGGUUGUUUUAUUUAUAUAUCUAUAGCUAGCUAAAUAUGUAGUGAUUGAGUGUUUGCUAAUGUUUUAUCUAUAUGUAAAGAUAAAUGACCUAUCCUUAUAUAAUAACGCUGCUUAAAAAAUUAGAAAUGGGACUUUUUCUCUAAAACAAGAAUUGCAGAGACGCGACCAAGAAAUUGUUUAGGUUUAAAAUACCCGUGCUAGAAUAAUAGCUACAUUUCACCAGUUAUAUAUCUGAAAUCUAAAAUCCCCCCCACUCCAAAUGAAAUAUCCUAACAUAUUAAAUAAUGGUAUCUAAAUAUUUUGGAGUGUUUAGACCAAACUCUACGUUAAGUGUCCAUUAUGUGCAUGUAUGUAGAGACAGAUCUAAUACGUGUUUGUUUCAUGUUUGGGUAGGAAGAGGCCUUUCUUCUCAUUCUGUAAGUGUGACAGUAAAAGUUCUUUCCAUUUGUCGCUACAGAUAAUUAAGCAAUGGUUCCUGAAUACAUUUGGCACUGCAUGGGAACCUGAUGGGGGUUUUCACACCUCUGAGUGAAGGAUGUUUCUAGUACAACUUGAUGGGGGCUGUAAAUGCUCAUUUAGUUUAUGUAUAUGUUUUACUUUUUCGAAUAUAUCACCUUUAUGCAUGGGUUUGCAAAGAUUAGUGAUUAUAUAUAGAGAUCAAUUAAAAAUGGCAUUAAAAGAAUCAAGAAAUAUGGCAGUAAGUGACCCCCAACUGAAAUAAGGGACUAGCUGCAGUCCGCAACCCACCACUAGACUUUGUGACAUUGGUCGUAUGAUGGCUGGUAACCUGCCGCUGCCAAUAUGGCUGCAUUGAUAAAGGUUAACACUGCAGCUUUCGUCAAGCUGUAGAAAGAGAAAGCAUAUCCGAUCUGGAGAUUAAUGAUGAUGCUUGGAACAAUAGACAUAUUUUCAGCUGGUUAGGACAGCAUCACUGAUAACAUCACUGCCUUAGACCAGGGAAACCCAGUUUCAAAGCCCGUUUAGACCCCCUCACCAAAAAGAGUUUUUAGGUAUCUAUCCACCUACCUCAAAUUCUCAUAGAUUGUAAGAGUCUGAGCUGGGGCUUCUGUGCCUCUAAAUAUCCCCUUUGUAAAGCGCUGCACAAUAUAUUGGCACUAUAUAAAUGCAAAUAAUAAUCGUAUAAGUCAUCUAACAUAAACCCACUGAUAGUUAAUAAACAAACAGAUCAGAUUUUCACUAACAUGUCGACAAUUACAUCCUCUGUAUCUUAGAGCCAGAGGUCUUCAAACUGUGGCCCUCCAGAUGUUGCUGAACUACAGCUCCCAUGAGUCUUUGAAUUACAUAGAUAGCCAGAAAAUCAUGGGAGUUGUAGUUCAGCAACAUCUGGGGCGCCACAGUUUGAGGACCCCUGUCUUAGAGCACAGUAUCUUCCAGGAUGCACUUGACCUCCUCUUAAUGAUUGGCUGUUUAAUUGAUCAUUUUCUUUUUAAUCUUUUUAACAUGUUUAAUUAGUAUGUUAUUGGCUUUGCAGAAUUUCACAGCAGGUAGGUGCAAGUCUAUUAAAGGGCACUUCUCAUGCCAGGCAAAACUUGUACCAGUUUGUAUAUAGGAUAACAUUCCAUCUUGGAUUUGUGAUGCCCAGAUUGCUAGCAAAUGUAUAAAACACAACAUUAAUUUUACUAUACAUCUAUUAGUUCUUUAUUAUAAACCACUAUACAAACAUGAUUGCAGUGAAAAGUACAAAACUACAAACCUGCCAAUCAUUGGCUGGUAGGACAUGGGAAGCAAAGCAGGCCUUCCGAGGGGGCAUAACCAUUGAUGAAAUGGGCAGACCUACCUGGAAAGUCGUCUAAUGAUGCACAUGUGCUCUGCCGCUCAGGCACAGUUCCCUAGUGUCCCCGGAGGCAAGACACCAGGGAACCAAAGUGAGAUGGAACAGGCUCCCGAAACCGGGACGUUGGGGGGCAUGUGCCAGGGUUAUUCAAUAAAGUGAGAAUUGUAGGAAAUGUAAAGUAAAUUUAAAAUGUAAGUUCAAAACACUUGGAGAAUAUUUCCACUUUAGCUUUUUCAACUUUUGCCAUUAACCCAAUUUGAGGGUGACAUUAACACUUUCAGGUAUGGUAUAUUGACCUACUACCACUUUCUAAGAAUAAAACGUUACCUGCACAUUUUGCAGCCAAAUUGCUAGCAUGUGCAUAGAUUCAAAAGUUAUUCCAGUAUGUAGAUUUAGACAUUUCUAAGUCCUUUUCCCGGUGUGUCUUCAGAGAGAGCCCCUACUGAUUCAAAACAUGCUUCUGUUAGUACAUAACACAAUUAAAAAACAAAAACCAACCUUUGAAGUUUGCAGAAGGCGUGCUAUAUAUUCCCCCUCACCCCCCCGUCUAGAUAAUUGGUAGGGGCGGUGUGGAGACAACCUUUUAACUCAGUUUAAUGUAUGUUUGGGAUGGAAAGAACCUCGCGGCUUAUUCUUUAAGGAAUAGGUAAUUACAUGUUACCUUGUGUUUAGCUCCUCAUCCACACGCCAUCAUAGACCAAAUGUUCUAUGACAUGAUGGAGGUGACUGUGCAAAACCCAAGAAAUUCUUUGAAAAUGAAAUUAUAAAGCUGAUAAUUUUAUAAUUAAUGUGGCAACUGAACAUGCCAUAAAACCACUGGUGAUGUCAGAAUUGGAGUGUAAACUCACUGGAUCAGACAGCCUUAAUUGCUUUUAAACUCAAAAUUGACUGAAAGAUGGUCUACACAUCAAAAUACAAAUAUUUAACUGGAAACAUUAGAGAGGAGAUGAAUGGCAUUGAGUUACAAUAUGCAGAAAGAGUAGUGCUUACCUGGAAUAGCGUCCCAGCAGACAAGACUAAGUACAUUAAGCAAAUAGCCAACUCCAAAACAUAUUUGGAAACAAAUUGAACCAAUUGGAUAUUUGGCCAGGUUUGAAUUUUUUGUUGAUGAUAAUUGUGGCAUUUAUAAGAAAACCUCAGAACCAAAUUUCUUCCAAACUUUUCUCAAACUUUCUUUGGAGCCGUGUUUGACUGGGGUAGUUUAAACAAUAUUACUUUGAAAUGAAGCAUCUAUGAACAAUAUACGGCAAAUUACAGGUUUCUUUGGUUUCUCCACUUGUACAUUGCCCCAGUAUAUGAUUGUGCACUAUUAUACUUUAAUAUGACUUGCUUAUUUUAGUGUAUAUUAAUGAUUCUCUCAUGGAAUAAAAUCAAUAUGGUUUAAUUUAAGUUAAAUUCUCUCGUAGACUGUCUAGUCUUUGAAAUAUGAUCAAAUUUCCCUUACUAUAAAUUGAAAAUGUUGUCACACUAUUAGCGUAUUCAUUUAGCUAAUAAUAUGUUUUGGAGCAUUUUGAAGAGACACCAUGACAAUAUUUGGCAUUUACUCAUUGAAACGUGUAUUGUGACUAAGUUGCAUGGUUUCUGCGUUGAAGAUUUUUUUUAAUGCAUCUCUUAUGUUACACAUUUUUCAUAACUCAAUGUUUAUUGAAUUAUCCAUUUUUCAAUUGAAACAUUUUUGUGAUAAAGGAACACUCCAAAUACCAUAACCACUAUUACCCACUAUAAUGGUUAUGGCUGUUGGGGUGCCUGGUGCCUUCUUAAGGUUAGUAAUGAAACCAGUUCAACAACUUACAUGGGGUGAGCUGGGUGCUCUUCACCUCCUCCUGUGUCCCCGAAAUAUGUAGCAGAGCUUAGGUCAAUGCCUGAGCCAUGCAGAGCUUAACCCAGUAACUAAGAGGCAUGCAGAGCUUAACCCAUUAACUAAGAGCCGAGCAGAGCUUAGCUAGUUGACGGAGAGCCGAGCAGAACUUAGCCCAUUGACGGAGAGCCGUGCUUAGCUUAGCUCGUUGACCAAGAGCCGUGCAGAACUUAGCUCGUUGACAGAGAGCCCUACAGAGACUAGCUCAUUGAUCGAGAGCUAAGCAGAGCUUAGCUCGUUGACUAAGAGCUGAGAAGAGCUUAGCUCGUUGAUCAAAAGCUGUGCUGAGCUUAGCUUGUUGACAGAGAGUCCUACAGAGACUAACUCAUUGAUAGAGAGCCGCGCAGAGCUUAGCUUGUUGACUAAGGCCGAGAAGAGCUUAGCUCGUUGACCAAGAGCCGUGCAGAACUUAGCUCGUUGACAGAGAGCCCUACAGAGACUAGCUCAUUGAUCGAGAGCUAAGCAGAGCUUAGCUCGUUGACUAAGAGCCAAGAAGAGCUUAGCUCGUUGAUCAAAAGCCAUGCAGACUGAGAGCAUGCAUAUGAUCCUCCCAGCCAACAAGCCUGGCCUGCACUGUAGGGCUUGGCUUAGUAGCGCUAAAGGAAGCCCUUUGUUAGAGGAGGUGAUCAGCGAACUCCAGGUAAGCCGCUAAACCUAUCUCAUGCAGUUUGACUUCUUACCCUGGGAGGGCUCCAAGCCAGUUCGGGCAUCAUAAUCACAAAAGCAGGCUGUAGGUAUCAUGCUCAGAGUGUUCCUUUAAAUUUUACACGAUUCCCACUUCUCUGAAUAAAUAUCUUUGCGUUUACUAAACUAAACAAUGACUUGAAAGUUCACAUAGUCAAGUUGGAAAUGUUUCCGUCUUGUUUUUUGGCCUAAUCUUUGCAAUUUGGUAUUCAUGUCACUAGAGUUCACUGUUUCCUGAAUACAUUUUUAAUGUAUAGUUAAUUUGGGCUUUGAAUUAAGUAAAAGAAAAGUGAUUUUGAAGAAGGCAGAAUCCCACAAUUAGGAGAUCUGUACGAGAUCCAUCGAUGCCUUAAAGGAAUUUUGACCUGAGGGGACAUUAAUCUAAUUUCUGCUUCUUUUUGAAGUGAAUCUGAGAUUCAUCAAAACUCUGUGCUGUUAAAAAGGAAAAGGAUGUACCCACAGCUACAUGUAACAGGGCAGCGGGCAUUAAAACCCAGCCACACCAAAGAACCUUUUACAGAGGAUCAAAAAUAUCCUCGAUUUUCUUGCACAGAGCAGAUAACAGGAUGAGCAUUUAAAUGUUUCCCAUAUGACUUGAAAGACCGCACAGACAGGGGGGUGAAUGUGUUUACAUGUAUUUUAAAUCCACAUUUUGAUGUUCUGCUACUUUCUAAUCCUGGGAUGGGGUGUCGACAUUUAAGGGGAUAUUUGAUCUUUUCAAAGGUAUAGGUCAUCCACUGCCAAAAAGUAACCCAUCAACUACAACACCCAUGAAGCCUUUCCAGCCUUUUGAUCACUCCCAGUGUAGGUCUAAAUUAACCUGAACUAUAGAGACAAAUGUACUGUCCCUCUAACAUAAUGGAACCAUUAUCCCAAUUUUGCAGCUGGUAACUUCAGCCAUCAUAGCAUGUUAUAAAGUAUUAAUAUCCAGCUGAAUGACAAUCAUUUUAUUAAGCUAGGAAAGAUUUAGAACUGAGUAAUACUAGUUUAUAAUCCAGCUAUCCGGUUCUGUAUGCGCUAGAGGCAGUGCAGUUGGGAUACUAACUAGUGAGUUACCUUACUGACGUGUUUUAUUAUUUAGUGUAGAAUGGUGGAAUAAAUGUUUUUAUUGUAUUAUUAAAAGCAAGUACUAUAUGUUGUAUUAUUAAAUGAUUUCCAAAUGUCUAGAUAUAUAUCUGGAUCCAAUCAUGCUUUAAUCUAUACAUAUUGUGGCAAUUUAACUAAUGCAUUGAUUGUAUUUUAUAAUUCACAUAUAGCAGGCCCUGUUGAUAUUUUUUUUAUAAAAAACAAAAACAAACAAACAUGUUUUCAGGAAAUAAUCAUUUACGGGAUGAUGGGUAAUUGAGAUUAGAAGAUAAUUUAUCAAAUUGUAAUAAUAUGCUGUUUAGUUCAUUUAGUGGAAUUAUAAUUUGAGAUAUGAUGCAUAGAUCAAAACAUCAGAUUGGCACUCCAGUGUAAUGUUGAGAGGAACCAGCCAGAUUCAAAAUAUGAAACAUGCGUAUACCCAACUGUGUUGGACUUUAUACAUUCUGAGAUACGCAAGUCUUUUAUAUCCUACAAAAUAUGCAGCUACAGACAGAAUUCAAUUUAUCACAACUAUGUUUCUCAAUGCUUCUUUUUUAGCAGUGUCCUGUCUUAUAAAAUGUUUUUUAAUUUAAGACAAGAGUAAAACCGUGACCACACAUGGACUGUGCAGUUUUGUUAAUAAUUUUUCUUGAUUCUCCUAGAAUUUGCCAUCAAACGCAUCAUGGGAUCGGUUAGGAGAUUGGGGAGAUCGUACAGAGGAAGCCGUCAAGCAAGGCUCUCACAAAUUCAUCAAUGAGCUAGAUCUCUCACAGCUGAAAGAAGAAGAUCUGAUACCUGCUAUUCAUCAGGGCUCAACUCUUGGACAUGGCGACAAAACCUCUAAGAAAGAGGAACGCUACAAAAAAACAGACUCUACUGAAGAAAAUAUCACAUCCGACAAGAAGAAGAGACCCAUCUCAGAGGGACGCAUUCCAACAGACCAAUCCACCAAUGACAUAAUAGACUUGACAGAAGACCCGGUUCACACCAAGGCAAGCCCCCUGCCCACACCAGUUUCCAACGCCUACUUCAACUCAACAAUUGACCGCUUUCCUACAGCACCACCCGACCAAGAGAAUUGGACCACUAUCGUAAUUACAUCACACGCUUACAAUGAUACUUCCACACAGAGGAGUUCAGGCAGUGUUGAGGGGGUACUGGAUAAAAAGACUACAACAAGUAAUAAGCCACUGAAUACUCCUGUUCGUGGCUUUCCAGGUCCACGUGGCCCUCCUGUAAGUAUGAGAACGUUCGUUACUACCAUCAAUUCCAUCUUCAGUUUUCACACUGGAACAAUGCAACCUAAAAGUAACAUUAAGCUAUUCUAAAUUAUAAUAUAUAUAUUUUUUCAGGGUAUACAUACCACUGUGUUGUAUUGACACCAAAUUUGUAGUAAUAUACACCGUAUUUAAUAUAUUAACAUUUAUUUAAAUAAAUCUCUCAACACAAUAAAUGGUUUCAUUAUUAUAAUAUUUUUUUUAACAUUUAUUUAAAGGGAUACUAUAGGCAUCAAAACAACUUAAGCUUAAUGAAGCAGUGUUAGUGUAUAGAUCAUGCCCGUGCAGUCUCACUGCUCAAUUCUCUACCAUUUGAAAGUUAACUCAAUUGUCUUUUUGUCCAUGCAUCCCUAGCCACACCUCCCCUGGCUGUGACUGACACAGCCUGCAUGAAAAAAAAGGUAUCAUUUCAAUCAGAUAUUUACUUACUUUAGAAGAUCUCCUGCUCUGUAAAUUAAAAUGUAAUCUCUCUCAGGAAGCUCCUGCAGGGUCUAGCAGUAUAUUAACGUUGCAGGAGAUAAUACAUCCUAAAUUAGCAGAGUGUGCAAUAAAGGAAGUUUAAACAUUAGAUGUCUCUUUGCAGGAAGUGUUUAAGAAGGCUGUGUAAGUUACAUGCAAUGAGGUGUGACUAGAGCUGUAUAAAUAAAGUGAUUUAAUUCACAAAUGGCAGAGAAUUGAGCAGUGAGACUGCAGGGCCAUGAUCUCUACACCAAAACUACUUGCUAAAGUGGUUUCGGUGACGGAAAUUAAAAACUACCCAAUGUUCUUUUUCAAAUGCUGGCAACUAUGUUUAAGGGGUCCUAUGCUAUUAAUUUAAGGGGUGUGACUGUAAUUCCUUUAUAUUUUACAAUAUAGAUCACGUUUGGGGAUCAUUCAUACACAGGUUACUUACUGCAUUUUAGGGGGGAAUUUACAAGAUUAUUAAAAUUUUUAGGCAAAAAUAACCAAAUUCAUAAAAUAGUUGGAUGGGAUUUUUUUUUUUUAAUUCAGUUUAGUGAGCCUGAAAUUUGCAGUUCCUUUGCCAGUUCACCAACCGUUAGUGAAUAACCCUGUAAGGUUUGAUGUUCAGGGGAAAUCCCAUGAAUCUGUCUGUUGGCAGCUGUUAGACAUGAAAUGUAAGAAAUGUGAUUUUAGCUUAUUUGAAGCAAUCUGAGCAGUGAUUGUGGGUGAAGUGCCACAGUGCCACCUAGAGGAAAAAUAUGAAAAUACAUGAUGGGUAUCUGUAUAGCUAGAAGUCAACACAAACGGAGACCUGGAGCAUGCUGUAGUUGUUAUGGUGCUUGGUGUUCCUUUAUUGAGAGAAUGGCUUAUCUAGUAAUGCUAACUUUUUCUCAUGGUCUUUAGUAAUGUUUUAGUGUGAAAGUAUAGUGCAAAAUCUGCUUUAGAAUUUAAUUGCAUCGGUGGACAGAAAUUAGAUCAGAUGAAAUUAUCGUCAGUUCUACCAUUCAAUCGCUCGCAAUAAAACACUGAGAAAAAGCCAUAAUGCUUCAUUGUUGGAUUAACAUGUUCAGUUAUUUUUCACACUGUAACAAACAAUAUACUCCUUGAUCCAUAGGGGUUAAAGAGGAGCUGUCACUUCCCAGGAAUCUUAAUACUAUAUUUAUACAUCCUACGUAUUUAACAAAUAUGUGUUUGACGUGUGAAAACAAAGCUUAGCACAAGUUCUGCGUGAUUUCCAUUGAUGGUUAAUUUGCAGAGAAGUAAUGUUCCUUUUUAAAUUUACUGAACCCUCACCCCUAGGAUAGUUGCCAGAUGGAGGCAUUAAUGAGUAACAUGUACAAAAAAAACAACAGUAUUUCAAUUCAGCUUUAUUGUGGUUGGGAAAAAGCAAAUAUUGACCAUAUCCAGUUGCCAAGCAGAUUGGCUAGAAAGGGUAUCGGUAUCUGUGGUCAUGGAGGCUCACCUGGCACAUGGUUCACACAAACUGAAGGAUGCUCAGAGCUUGUUACCCUUACCCUUUCCUGGCACAGCAUGAAAGCUAUGUUUUGGGUUUCCCAUAAUUUACUUCAGUCAAAUUAAUUUGAAAACGAUUUGGAAAAGAGAAUCAGACAAACUAAAGAGGCAUAAAAAUGGGCAAAUCAGUGAACGGCACAAUAAAUACAUAGUAUAAAUAUUAAGUACACUGAUAGACACAAUUUCCUACUAUUUGGUUAACAGAUCAAGUGAAAUAACGUAACCAAUGAAUGGGAAAAAAAGAGAAUCCGUAAAUAAUCAAUAUGUAUAUGUUCCUUAAAAAUAUAUAAAUAUAGAAUUUUUUUGCAACGCCUCCUUUUUCCCUCUAUUGCUCACUUCUCACUUGAUUAGUAAAUUAAAUAAUUUAGUGAAUGUCCCAUAGCCAUCAACCAUCUUGUUUCCUAUUAAUCAUCUCUCUUUUUUUUAGAGCAAUUCCGAAUCCCUUAACAAAACAAACAUGCUCGUACACCGCGCAUUUCGUUUUGUGACUUGGAGUUCGUGAAUUCGAAUGAUCGCCUGAUUGGCCCAAAUUCCACAUCUAUUACUUCUGAGUGAAGUUCAGUUAGACAAUUUCCUCUGUUUCACUAAUUCCUGUUCUCCGAGCGAAGCAUGUAUACUUUGGUUUACUUUAGAUGUUAGUAAAAUAUUACUGGGCGCUGGCGCUGGCUGGUGGCAUGGUAGAAGAUAAUUGCAUUAUUGAUAUUUGUUUCAGGGCUGCCGUGGCCGUCCUGGAUUUCCUGGACCAAAAGGAGACAAGGUGAGCAUAGCACAGUGCAGUUAAAAAAAAGAAUGUGAAAAAUCUACUUAAAUAGCAAAAUCCAAAAAAACUUUAUUAAGACUCUAUAAAAAGGCAUCAAUUGCCAGUAACAACACCAUUAAGAUAAUAACCACUAAAUAUAUAUUGAGAGGUCCUAACACAUUAAAUCCAAUAGGACGAAGAAGAAAAACUCCCAAUAAGUGCCAGCCGCCCUGGAAACAAAAAGAGUGAUGAUCCCGGCAUAGAGUGUGAAACGCGUGUCGAGUGCUUGCAACUUUAUACUACUUUUUCUUUGUUUUUUCCCCCCAUUUUCUAUAUCCAUAAUUUUUACUCUUUUUGUGUCCAUGCCAGUUGGCAAAUAAAUAUGAACAAGUCUCUUUUGUAGCCUUUUGACCAGGCUAGGAUAGGGAACAGCUAACCCUGGACACAAUUCUCUGCCUAUAUUCAAGGUUCUUAACCCCUGUGACAAACUCUCCUUUUCAAGUGAGUUUGCCACGCGCUCCUGGAGAAGCCUGCUUGCCAGCCUCCUGCCCACAGACUAUGGGCCCUGCAGGGAAACCUGUAAAAUACUACUAAACUUGACCGACUGUUAGCACUGAUUUCCCUGGAACUGUUUUGGGCAUGGGGCCAUGCUUGCGGUCGGUCAAAACUAUGACUUCCAAGAAAUUCCUGAACCGAUCUGGUUGAUUUUUGGAUAUGUUGUUCACCCAGAUCAGGGCUAUCAGGGGAUGUGUUGGAUCUUGGGGUACUUUCUGAACUUUGUGAAAAUGUGGAUUUUCUGCCUGGAGAUAAUUGAGUUACUUACAGGACUUUACUCAAUUAUCUCCUAAGCAGAGAGGAGGGAUUGUGUGCUGUACAUGGGCAUAUCACAGACUGUAUGAUUGUUCUGAUUGGUUUAUGUCCUUUGUGUUCCAGGCCCCAUCAGGUCCAGGGGGUGUUCCUCUGGCCUGGAAAAUUAUAUAAAAGGCCAGAGUGUCCCAUUAACCUAGAGAUUCCUGCUUACACUCCAAAACUGUGUGUCGUCCAAUUAUUGGAGGGAAAGAAGAUUUACUCCUGUGUCUGCUGUUCCAGCUUGCAAGAGAUUCAACAGGGAAAGUCCUUGUAAGGACUAGAGCUAAUUCCCCAUUUGGUUCCAGAGUUCCCAGGACUGAGUGUCGUCCAGUGCCUGGAGGUGUCAGAGCUAAUUUUCCCCUUUGGCUCCAGGAGGGAGGUGGCGGUUCCAGGGCCCCACUCAAGCUACAGUGACUGAGGGCAAGAAGUGCUGCGGUUUGUCCCCUGUUACAGCUAGGAAGCGGUCCUUCGGCAGAGGUGCCUAGUCGGGGUCCCAGGUGAUCCGUUACAACCCCCUUCUGGUUACUUUAGAUAACUAUUUUAUAUUCUCAGAGGCCCUGUGACCCCUAGUGAAAGCUUAGGGGUAUUACAUAUAGGGAAUCAUUAACUUGGGAUUCUAGCUGCCUAUCAUAUAUUCUUUAUCAAUUGUUAGUAACAUCAAACAUCUUAGAGGGGAUGGUUUCUAACUAUUUUUUGGGACUUUUUGUUCUUUGUCCUAUUAGGUUUCAUGUGGUAGUACUUAAUAUAUAUUGAGUGGUUAUUAUCUUAAUGCUUUGUUAUUGGCAAUUGAUGCCCUUUUCUUGCGUCUUAAUAAAGGUUUCUGGAUUUUACUAUUUGUGUACAUUUUCCACAUUAUUUUGAUGGUUCAAAUUAAAGGGCUUAAACCCUUUGUUUAUGUGGACAACCCGGAUAUACUCUAGGGAUUGUACCACAAAUAUUUAGCAUUGUGCAGUAUUACAGUGUUACAUAGAAUAGCAUAGUGCAGUAUUACAGUGUAACAUAGAAUAACAUAGUGCAGAAUUACAGUGUAACACAGAAUAGAAUAGUGCAGUAUUACAGUGUUACAUAGAAUAGCACAGUGCAGUAUUACAGUGUAACAUAGAAUAACAUAGUGCAGUAUUACAGUGUUACAUAGAAUAACAUAGUCCAGUAUUACAGUGUAACAUUGCAUAGCGUAGUGUAGUAUUACAGUAUUACAUAUAAUAGCAUAGUCUAGUAUUAUAGUGCUCUACAGGGAGUGCAGAAUUAUUAGGCAAGUUGUAUUUUUGAGGAUUAAUUUUAUUAUGGAACAACAACCAUGUUCUCAAUGAACCCAAAAAACUCAUUAAUAUCAAAGCUGAAUAUUUUUGGAAGUAGUUUUUAGUUUGUUUUUAGUUAUAGCUAUGUUAGGGGGAUAUCUGUGUGUGCAGGUGACUAUUACUGUGCAUAAUUAUUAGGCAACUUAACAAAAAACAAAUAUAUACCCAUUUCAAUUAUUUAUUAUUACCAGUGAAACCAAUAUAACAUCUCAACAUUCACAAAUAUACAUUUCUGACAUUCAAAAACAAAACAAAAACAAAUCAGUGACCAAUAUAGCCACCUUUCUUUGCAAGGACACUCAAAAGCCUGCCAUCCAUGGAUUCUGUCAGUGUUUUGAUCUGUUCACCAUCAACAUUGCGUGCAGCAGCAACCACAGCCUCCCAGACACUGUUCAGAGAGGUGUACUGUUUUCCCUCCUUGUAAAUCUCACAUUUGAUGAUGGACCACAGGUUCUCAAUGGGGUUCAGAUCAGGUGAACAAGGAGGCCAUGUCAUUAGAUUUUCUUCUUUUAUACCCUUUCUUGCCAGCCACGCUGUGGAGUACUUGGACGCGUGUGAUGGAGCAUUGUCCUGCAUGAAAAUCAUGUUUUUCUUGAAGGAUGCAGACUUCUUCCUGUACCACUGCUUGAAGAAGGUGUCUUCCAGGAACUGGCAGUAGGACUGGGAGUUGAGCUUGACUCCAUCCUCAACCCGAAAAGGCCCCACAAGCUCAUCUUUGAUGAUACCAGCCCAAACCAGUACUCCACCUCCACCUUGCUGGCGUCUGAGUCGGACUGGAGCUCUCUGCCCUUUACCAAUCCAGCCACGGGCCCAUCCAUCUGGCCCAUCAAGACUCACUCUCAUUUCAUCAGUCCAUAAAACCUUAGAAAAAUCAGUCUUGAGAUAUUUCUUGGCCCAGUCUUGACGUUUCAGCUUGUGUGUCUUGUUCAGUGGUGGUCGUCUUUCAGCCUUUCUUACCUUGGCCAUGUCUCUGAGUAUUGCACACCUUGUGCUUUUGGGCACUCCAGUGAUGUUGCAGCUCUGAAAUAUGGCCAAACUGGUGGCAAGUGGCAUCGUGGCAGCUGCACGCUUGACUUUUCUCAGUUCAUGGGCAGUUAUUUUGCGCCUUGGUUUUUCCACACGCUUCUUGUGACCCUGUUGACUAGUUUGAAUGAAACGCUUGAUUGUUCGAUGAUCACGCUUCAGAAGCUUUGCAAUUUUAAGAGUGCUGCAUCCCUCUGCAAGAUAUCUCACUAUUUUUGACUUUUCUGAGCCUGUCAAGUCCUUCUUUUGACCCAUUUUGCCAAAGGAAAGGAAGUUGCCUAAUAAUUAUGCACACCUGAUAUAGGGUGUUGAUGUCAUUAGACCACACCCCUUCUCAUUACAGAGAUGCACAUCACCUAAUAUGCUUAAUUGGUAGUAGGCUUUCGAGCCUAUACAGCUUGGAGUAAGACAACAUGCAUAAAGAGGAUGAUGUGGUCAAAAUACUCAUUUGCCUAAUAAUUCUGCACUCCCUGUAUAUGGUAGCACAGUGCACCUACUUCCCAUUUUGUCUGUACCUCUCCUCCUGGUACCUACCUAGCUGCACUUACUAUCUACCCACUCUGUACCUCUCCCUGCCCGCUCAUUACUUGCUGCUCCCUCCAUUGAAUACUGUGGCUGGCAGUGAAUUGGUCUUUAUGAACAGUUUCCAGUCUUACUGUAUGAUGUCUGUCUCUGACCACAUCUUGUAUUUCCUACAGGGGGAACGAGGGGUAAUGGGGCGCGUAGGGAUGACAGGGAACCCUGGGCCACGUGGACCACCAGGAUUGCCCACCAUAAUGAUCUGGAGCAACACAAAGGAUGAUUGGGCAGCCUUUUAUGUAAGUCUGUUAACCAACAAAUGAAUCAGUGAUUUUAUACUUAUCCCUUAAUGUUUCCAGCUCAGCUAAUUUCACCAACUUUUAUAAUUCUCCUGUUAUCGCAGCAAUUUCUGAUUUAGUAAUAUAUUUUCUUUUUAGUAACAUAUAAAAUACAAGGCAAGCGUUUUUUGGUUAGUUUUUUUUUGAGGAUGUGACAUUUCUAAAAACUUUAUUACAUGACAAAAGCUAUUAAAAAGCAACCUUAAACCAAUGCAUGGCAUAGCUGAAAUAGCAGGGGGUAACCAACAGCUCAGCUGUUUCCCAUAAUGCUUAGCAAUUAACUCUCAAUGUAAGUCUAAAUUGUCCAAACAGACACACAUCGCCUUGCUCAUUGGAAGAAAUUAUGUUACAUGUCUCAUUAUCUGUUUCUUUUUGUCCCUUUUAGCAAACAUCGUUCUAUCAGCUGCUGCACUCCGGUUGGCCUGUGAGUGUGUGUCCUUCGUUUUCACAAAUGGCCCACCGUCUUGGUACAAUGGAUCCUCUUCUGUCCUCUAGUUUUGAUUUGUGGGGAACAAAGUACAGAUUUGGGAUAAGCAUGUCAUCCUAUUUCAUUAUAUACUGUACAACUAGAUUGGCUUACUCAAAAACACAUGUAUUACAUCAGAAAGCAGACUGAAACUCCUUUCAUAUAGAAAAGAGUGUUUAAUUGUCACCCCUUUUUUAAUAAGGGAUCCUUGGGAUACCCUGCAUUAGUUCACAUUUUAGGGUGACAUUAUGAGCACUAGGGAUUUCUUAAUGCCUUGCUUCUCACUCCUGGCGACCCCUUUAGUUAUUUCCCCCCCUAAUUUUAUUAUAUGAUUUUUAUUUUUUUUAAUUGGUAUUUUGCCUGCUGGCAGUUUGUGACUUGCUAGUUAAUUUACUUUUUGUAGGGGGUAGCAAAAUAGCAAACACAAUGAAAGCUCCAAAACUGCUUCUUUUUGUCAAAAAUCAGACAUAAUUCUGAUGCAGAUUGAUGAUUCUCUUAAUUUCUUUGCCUGACUGCAAUUCAAAAAAUUAUUCCAUCACUGUAGACACCUUAUUCUCCCAUAGUGCAUUUGCAUUAAUAUUUUGGGAGGUAAAAUGGCUCGCUGGGAGUGUUACUCAGUCUCUGUAAAUAUUUACAUACUAAAGAAUUUUAAAAUGAAAAUGAUAUCAAGCCAAAAUGUGUCUAUUAACCAAACAUUGAGCUGUGGUGACAUGACUACCCAGUUGCAAAAUGUGUCUAUUAACCAAACAUUGAGCAAAAUGUAGACUAAACCAAUAGGGAAAAACCUUCACUUCAGCCAAGGUGCAUUUGAAUUUUUCAAAUUUCUAAUUAUGGCCUUAAAUUUGCCAGUCUCUAUCCAACUCAUUGCAUAGCAGAUAAACCCCAUCUAUAUCAGUGGACAUGAUGUCAUUUAUGUUUUACCAAGGUGUAGAUUUUUAAUUCAACAUUAAAUUGUUUUUUAAUAUUAACUUACCUCUCUGUAAUGAUAGCAGGGUUAUCCACUAAAGUGGAAAAAGUCAUUUUCAAAUCUUAGCAUAAAGUAGCCAAAUUGCGUACAGCCAACUGGAAAUGUUUUGGCUUUUUUUCAAUUCGUCUGUUUUGAUCUAAAAUUAAUUUCAAAUUCACUUUGAAUUCCUGACAACUGUAACGUUGGUGAAUAACGCUGACACUAAUAUUUUUGCAUUUGAUAUAUUUUAUUAGCUUAUUUGGGGUAUUUACAAAGUUGCAAUGGGGUUUUUUUUUUUUACUUUGUGUAAAUCAAAACAGUAAGACAAGAUAACUGGGGGGAGCCAUCUUACUGCGAAAACAGACUACAUUAAAGAGAACACAAGUCGCUGUUGCAAGUUACAUUUUUAAUGCCCUUACAUUUUCACAAGCACAGCAUUUCUUGACGUCUGGUAAAAUAAUAGCCAUCAUCACAAAUUGCAUGAACACAGACGCUCAAUGUGAAAUGAAUGAGAUAUCACUUUUCUGGAAUGUGUGACUUAACAUUAAAUCACAAGGUUAUUCCACUGUCAACAAUGUUCAACAUCGUAUCAUAUUGUUUUAAUUAUUCAUUUAUUUUAAUUGGCCACUAGGUGAUUUGGCAUAUAGAGCGAUUCUGGGGUAAAGUUCUUGAAAGUGGAGCAGUCACCAUGGAAACCAAUGUUCUUGCGAUUGCUCAGUUUUAGAAUACUGUCUCAGGAUUUCUAAAUACAUGUUAAUAUGUUUGAUUUGAUUCUCAUUCAUUUAUGUUUCCAAAUUUUUCUUUAUUUUUUUUUUUUAGCGAAGUCGGGGUCCUGUGGGCCUUCCUGGUAUCUCUGGCAAACCAGGAGCGCCGGUAAGAGAAAAAAUAAAAUGACUCCAGCAUCGUAGAAUGAAAGAGAUUAUAUUCUUAUAUAUUAUACUAUCCACAGUCAGGGAUUCAUCAGAACAUCCCAGGAUUUUUGACCUGUAAUAUUGUCCUGGCUUUGUUCCUGGACCCCUUAUAUCUGGUGACUGUUGGAGAAUCAAAGCUUAUCACUGCAAAGCUUAUCAUGCGAAAAAAGAGUGUGUUUGGUUUUUUGGGUUGGCCCACCCGUGCAUCACCAAUGACUCACACAGUGUCCUUGCCAUGUGCCCGACUAGCCACAUCUAACCCCCUAUCCCAUAUUCGUAGCACCCAUUAUUGGGGAUACAAUGAAUUGUGAUCAUCGUCUUGGAAAGUGAAUGAAGUAGAUAAGCAGACAGUUUUGCCAAAUGAGUGAAAAGAGAUUGAUAGUAAUUUAAUAUAUAGUAGAUAUAGUAUGGAAAACAGUUAGUGAUGUAUUCAUAAACCAGUGAAUUGUGGUGAUUUAAAAGCCAAUGUUGUAAAAUUUUGAUCUGUAUAACAAAGCUCUCCCAAAAGAUUCUUGAAUACAGUUAUAUUCCUACCUUGGUUAUCAGGGGUUACAUUUUGCAAAUAUGGCUUUCACCGCACCACAUUUCACUGUUCAGUGAAUAAACAACUUGCACUAAACCGAGAAUUGUUAGAAAACAAAAAAGGAGUUUCAACUUUUUGGGUAAAGUAGCAGAAUUCCUAGUUUAGUGCAUAAACCUCAAUCAGUUUUAUUGAGCCACGCAAACCUAUACUGCCAUUUCUUGCACCAUUACACUUUGCCAAUGCUGCCAUGUACAGAGCAUGCUGGGAUUUAUUCACUUAACACUGAACUAUGUGCAGUUUUGCAAAAACUAGGCUAAAAGUAACAAAAUUGAAAAAAAAAAACUUAAUUAGACAAUUGUUUGAAAUUAGCUAUUUUUGACUUUCGAUUAUCAGUUCAUCACAUUUCACUGUUCUUUUCUGCAUAAAUCACUUUGUGCAAGCCGGUUGUGGAAGUUCUGACUUGUGAUGAAUAGUAAAGUGUUUGACAGGAUUGGUAAUAUCUUCAGACUGAGACGGGUUCAGUAUACAAACAUUAUACGAUUCCCGGCCUUGUUUUUACUAAAGCAGGAAGCCUUGCAAGUAAUGUGAGUUGCAUGAGAAAAGUAAAUCUAUACGACCCAUUUAAAAAUCAAACAUGUUCUGAUUGGCUGAUUGCAAUUGUAUUGUGUAUGACUGUAAAGAAGUAAUGGCAGCUCCAUGGUUGCAGUAAUUAAAUCUAUCCAGGAGAUCUAAAAGUGAAAAGAGGCAAAUCCCACAACGUACACAUUAUAUAUGUAGACUUCUCUCUAUUUGUGCAUUUUUCUAUACACCCCAAGUUAAAACUAUUAACCUUUUAUUAAACAAGUAUUCGUGGGAAUUCAUAGUAAAUAUUUCUCUUUCUGAUGCGUAGGGACCACCUGGAAAACCAGGGACGUUGGGAGAAAAGGGACAGAGGGGUCCAAUGGUAUGAAAACUUUCCAAUUAUUCCUUCUCAAUCCAAGUUUAUCUUUGUAAUUAAAGGGAUAUUGUAGGCACUAUAACUAUCUCUUCUCAUUGAAGUGGCUAUAGUGCCUGGAGCCUCCUGGUGUUGUUCCUCAAUUCACAGUUUAACACUGAAUGCGGGUCCCUGGCUUCCCAUAGCUCCACUCCCAUUAGAGAUGUGGCGAAGGCAGAGAUUACACAGUUCCAUCUAGCCAUAGCAAUUCAUACCAGCAAUGGCUCUUAUUGGUGGAAAACGGUCAGCUGACACUCUCGGUCAAUAACAGCCACCCAUUAUUUUGCAGCCUAAUGUUUCCUCAUUAACCCAAGCAGCACAGAGGGGAUGGGCUGCUGGGGGCUCCUGUUUAACAUUAAAAAUGGUUUAACUCUGAAUAAAAGGACAGCACCAGGGGACUCCAGGCACUAUAACCACUUCAAUGGGAUAAAACAGUUACAGUGGUUACAGUGCCCCUUUAUAUAUUGAUUUAUCCAACUUUUUAUGUCUCCUUUUUAAUUUUUUAUGCAAAUGUUAUGGUAACUAUCGGUUUAAAUGUUUCCGUGUGUUAAUAGAUAAACAUAUUACAAAUUGCAACAUAUCACUUGAGUUUCGGAGCCUGGGAAAUUAAUUUUUCUGAACAUUUUAUCUUAUAUGAAAACUGUCAUACAUUUGUAUUACUAUUAUUCUAAUUUAAAUUUACAUGUUUUAUAUUCUUUUUUUCAGUGCAUUUUCUGGCUUACUUUUGCUCUGUGGGGGCAGCCAUGUUUAAGUCUCAGACCACCAAACCACUCAUGUAGUUCAGAGUUCCUGGGAAUUUCAAAAACACUCUAUGAGCUGGUUCAGUCAUUCAAAUUGUGCAUGGAGACCUUGGAGGGGACAAGUGGUACUUGCGACCUUUUUAAAGAUGACCAACCCUGUAGAGCAUAAGUGGGCCAGGAGAUGCACUUAUUAACAUAUAUCGAUAUAUUCUACAAUAGGGUAUAAUACAUGUAAUCUUUUAAUUCGAAUUUAAAUUUAAAAAAAAUACAGUGGGGUGUACUCUAAGUUGCUGCAAGGAAUGCCAUUAGCAAGAUAUUUUAAAUCUUAGAUUGUGUAUCAAAGGAGGGGAAGCGUUUAGGCAGCACACUUUCAAUGUUCUGUGAGCAGCAGUUCAAUGCCCAGGAUUGCUUUGCAACAUACGUACCACAGCAAAUUGUUUCCCCCCUGACAUAAAAAAACAGUACUUUCAAAGAUCCUUGUGUAAAGACAUGUAUGUGUUUUGUCUUAUUUUUAACUCCGUUUCCCAUACAAGGUAUCUUAAUAUAAAAAUAUCUAAUUAUUUGUCAGCAGAUACUUUUUGGCUCUCUAUUUUUUUGAUUGUGCUCAUUUUCUUUGUAUUAACCCCUCAGGGACUACAUGGACCCACUGGUUUACCGGGGCUGCCUGGUAUCCCUGGCAAAGAUGGAUCAUUUGGAUUAGAUGGAAAACUCGGUUCUCCUGGAUUCGCAGGAGCAAAGGUAAUCCCCAUACAUGAUAGGUCGACUUUGGACAUAUCUAUCGCAUUCAUAGCUUUGCAAAAUGUAUUUCCUACAUGCACCAGUUUCCUUGGAUGCAAUCUCAGUCUUCCAUUUAGAUACAGAUCUUUGGUUUUAAGAUUGGUUUUGAGAUUAGAAGCUGGACACCAAGGAGGACAUUUUCUCACUCCAUUAAAUGAACCCAGCAAUUCGUUGGUAUGAAGGUUCGAUAUUAAAGACCUGUGGCUGAAACAGACUUAACUGUCCCCAGUGCUAAGUCCUAGUUUAGUUUGUUCCUAGGUCGGACCAUAAGCAAGAGACUCCAACCACUGCCACCUGUGAUAUUGUAUGGCCUGGCCAUCUUGUGAUAGAAACAUUUGUACGAGAACAGCUGCCCUGCCCUUAUUGGAUAUGGGAGCAAUUACUGUCACAUUGUCAUCUCAUCUUAGAUACGUUUCUCAAAUUUCCUGAGACCAGCAUCACCACCUCUGUUAGAGCAGAUAGGAAGUCAGAUUAAUUUGUCUUCUCCAGGCUCUAGCAAUCAUACACAUUCUGAGUAUGUCUGUCUUUUUACAGGGGCAGCAAGGCUUUAGAGGGGAUCAAGGACCUGUGGGUGAAAAGGGAGAUGAAGUAAGUGAUACCUUUUUUGCUGACCUUUGGGGCUAGAUACAUUAUCUGGAUACAUUAUAAUCCUUUAUAAAACAUGAGCUCUGUAUCCAAUUUUCUUCUCAUUCUGUUUUCCAAUUGUAUGGCCUUCUUCUCCAUUCCCACCAGGGGGCGAUCUAUUCUGUGAGUUCUCUACUUCUGGAGAUCAUUUAUUAACACGCUUUAUGAGAGCUAUAUGUAUCUGCUGUCUUAUAAUGUGUUUCCCCUGAAAAUGAAUUUACUAUACCUUACACUGAAUCUAUAUGCCAUUAUAUAGCAUGUGGAUAGCAUUCUGAUGUUUAUUAUUCGAACCUUAUUACUAACAGGUUACUACAUUCCAUAUAUCCUUCCAAAUUGUAAUCUCUAUUGUAAUUAAAUAUUUCAGCUAUACAGAGUUCUGUGCUUAUGAUAUACUUACAUUAUAUGUCCAGCCAUAUUUCCAGACCUUAAGGGUACACUAAAAACAAAUCACUCACUGGUAACAAAAACAAGAUCUUUAUUGACCUAUAAAAAACAGGCAACAAAUUGGAAGGAGUCAGAGGCAAACAGCCCGGCGCAUUUUGCUCCUCACCAAGUUCUUAUUUUUGUGCAAAUACCUCCCCAAAGUGCACAAGUUGACAAAAUAACAAUUUAUUCUGCUUUGUAGUUUUUCUUUUGUUAGCAGAUCUUUUCUUCUGCAAUUUAUAACAUGUUUAGAAUAUAUAGUGAAUAAAAACGUAUAUUUUCGCCAUUUAAUGGCUGGGAUUUGGAAGUAAGGAGAAAAGACUUGGUUUUAACUUUUUGUUACAGGGGUACGUUGGAUCUUCAGGACCGAUCGGUGAAAAUGGAAUUAAGGGGGUAAAGGUAAAUGUUUAAUGCAAUAAUUCAUUUAGAACUGUGAAGGAAUAGUAAAAAAAAAAAAAAAAAAAAUAAAUAAAUAUAUAUAUAUAAUUAUUGCCUAUUUAGCGGCCUUGGUGAAAUAUUUGUGAUGUUAACGUGGUAAAUCUUUCAAGCAUUUCAUAAGCAUUUUGAGAAAACUAAUUCAGAUUAUUCUAUUCGUAUGGAAGCAAAGGGUAUAGGUGUGGAUGUAAACAGUGAUUUUUCCCCAAACCAUGUUUAAGCAAUUUCUCUGCAGCUCAAGACAGUGACCCAACGUAAUGUGUAUCUGUGCACAGCAGUCUCACGCCUUGAGCACACCUAUGGUGACACCUUAUACAGGCUUGGUUUUCAUUCCAGGUGUCUAAAACCACUAAUAUGCUGUGGAUACAAAGUAUUUCCAUUCACUAAUAUAAUAUACUUUAAUAUAAAACUAAGUGUAUAUAUACAACCAAUAUACUUAUGAUUCUUUUUUUUGCAGGGUUUAAAGGGAGAGCCUGGUCCCCCUGGGUCUGUAGGAGUAUCGGUAUGUUCUAAUUUAGAGCCUUGAAUCUCCCCAACUCUGUAAUCAUUUUAAUUUUACUGAAUAUGUAUUCUUCUUAGGGUCCAAAGGGUGUGAAAGGCGAUUCAGGAUUCCAAGGACCUACAGGACCAACAGUAAGAAAUUAGGGGUGACAGGCUUCCAGGAGCAGUUUUACAGCCUAAAUUACUUUAGUAUUUUCAUUAUAUUGUAGAUGUAUAGUAUAAAUCCAAAUACAUAUGCAUAUGAGAUAUAUUCUGGUGAUCUAAAACACAAUUAUUUAGUUUAUAACUAUUUAACUAUUAGUCGUAUAUAAUGCAGUCUGACUACCAUAUCAAUACGCCUAAAGAGGGCAAAAAUGGUUCGGAGCUUACUAUACCUUACACUCUGUGGCUGGAGUUUUUGUAAGAUCUGAUGCGUAAGGGUAGCUGACAUAGAUUUAGAUGUAUGGCGACAUAGUUGAUUUAUUCAAAUCUGGAACCUUUUUUCCCCCUUCUUCUGUCUUUUCACUUUUUCUUCAGUUUUCUGCGACCCGAGAAUUACUUAUACACAUUGCUCGGUUUAUUACUGUUCAACUGUUUUUAAGGGCUUAUAAUAUCAUGCUUUUUGUACACCUCAGAUUGGCUUGUACUUGUAUGCCCCCGAUUGCUAUCCUCCCAGCCCUGUUGUGGUCUUUUCCAUGCACUUCUCCUUCUCCAUUUUCAGAAAAUGUAAAAUACAAAUAAAGAUUGUAAAAAUAAAAUAAAAAAAUGUCUUGGAACAGUGCAAGUAAGUAACACACUACCAGCCUUCCGAAAAGUAUGGCAGCCGUGGGAAUCAGGAGCACCAAGGCCAGUAGCCUUAAAUAGGACACUAUGUAUGGAUAUUUCCUCCAAGGCCAUUUCUUCUCUUUUUUUUAUCUUGACUUCUUCCUCCUCGAUAUCUUCGUCUUCCUCUGUUGAGAAAGACAAUACACUUUCUAUUGUUCAUUUUAAAACGCAGAGCAGGAGUGCAAUAUGUUUUAUUGUACUUUGACGCAGGUAAUAACAUGAUAUCAUGUUAAAUAAAGUGUUUGGAAAAAAAUGGUUAGGAAAAAUAAUUCCUAGAUAAUACAAGGCAAAACAUGAAGAUAAUACAAGUUACUGGCCAUGCAUCUUUUAAUCCUGGACAUGACUCUAUAAGAAUUUACUUUGCAGGGGGAAAUGGGCAUCCCUGGAGCUCGAGGGCCACCUGGCCUAGAGGUGAGUCCAUCCUGUAUUCAGUUUUAAGUCUUAAAGUGCUCAUUGUCACUAAAAUAUAAUGUAUUACUUGUUCUUUCUUCCAUUCCUUCAUUGUAUUUAGGGAGAGCAAGGAGAGCCGGGGAUCCCCGGAAAUCAAGGGAUUAAUGGGUCUCAGGUAAGCAGUGUAUCCCUGAAGACAAUAAUAUUAUAUUUCUAAUGCCGUUUUCUAAAGAAUUAAUUAGCUCAUGAGAUAGCUCAGUCGAUAAAACUUCAGCUGCAGAAUUCCGGGUUCAAUUUCUGGCAAAGUCUACCCAGUUCAUCCUUCUGGGGUCAAUCAAAUGGGAACCAUUAGCAGUGAACUGGAGCUUAAUGGACUAACAUUAACAGUUAAACAUGUUUAUUAAUAUACAUUCAUUUUGUCUUUAUUCCAGUGCUAAUAUAUAUAGAUAUAUGAAAUAUAUCUGACAAAUUAUUAGAUGGCUUUUUUUCCCCUUAUGUAUCUAAUAGGGCGAUAUUGGUCCUCGAGGAAUCACUGGUCAUCGUGGUCCACGGGUAGGUAAUAAUAAGAUUUCUAAUCUCAAAACUUAGAAAUGUGUUAUACAAAAAUGUCCAGCAUUGAGUAAAGCCAUAUGGAAUCAUCCAGCAUUGUGAGAAGUUGCAAUGCACACAUUGAGUAGUGUGUAAAGCCACAUGUGAACAUUCCACAUUGAACAAUAUUAUAUGGGAGAGUCCCUUUCGUCCUCAAAGUGAGAUGGGAAUGGUCAGUAUUGAAUGAAACUAGAUGGCGAGUGUGAAUAUUGUGUCAGUCUAAAUAGGAAUGGGCUUGUGUGAAGUGAGAUGGUAAGUGUUCAAUAAAAUAUGUAUUCCUGAUCCUAUAGUAAUAAAACCACCAUCUAGCUCCCCUUGCCUCCCUAAAUAUAGUUAAAUCGUACUUGUAUUCAAAUCUGGAUCUGCCCUUGUCUGCCUCUGAACUGCCUGCUGUGUGCUGACAUCAACAGAAGUGGUAACUUGAGCCAAUUACAAUACUUCCCCAUAGGAUUGGUUGAGACUGUCAAGAAGGCAAAUCAGGGGCAGAGCCAGCACAAUGCAAACACAGCCCUGGCCAAUCAGCAUCUCCUCAUAGAGAUACACUGAAUCAAUGCAUCUUUCUGAGGACAUUUUCAAUGUCUCCAUGCAGAGGGUGGAGACACAGAAUUUCAGUCACACUGUGCAGCACUGCCUCAGGAAGCACCCAGCCAUCUGAGGAGUGGCCAGUGGAGUUAUCAGUAGGCUGUAAAGUAAACACUGCAUUUUCUCUGAAAAGACAGUGUUUAUUGAAAAAAGCCUGAAGUUAAUGAUUCUACUCACCAGAACAAAUUCAAUAAGCUGUAGUUGUUCUGGAGACUAUAGUGUCAGUUUAAUCAAACUAGAUGGGAAUUUUAUUGUUUGUAGCUAUGUGGAAAGGCGCAGAAUGUGUGAAUCUAGGUAUAAAAGGUAGUGUGUUAACCUAGCCUAGGUAGGAAUGGUCAGUAGUGUGUGAACCUAGGUAGGAAUGGUCAGUAUUGUGUGAAUGGUCAGUAGUGUAUGAGCCUAGCCUAGGUAGGGAUGGUCAGUAGUGUUUUAACCUAGGUAGGGAUGGUCAGUAGUGUUUUAACCUAGGUAGGAAUGGUCAGUAUUGUGUGAAUGGUCAGUAGUGUAUGAGCCUAGCCUAGGUAGGGAUGGUCAGUAGUGUUUUAACCUAGGUAGGGAUGGUCAGUACUGUGUGAAUGGCCAUUAGUGUGUGAACCUAGCCUAGCCUACAAGCCCUGGGAAGCCUGUAGGAACAAUCUGUAUUUGGUGUAACUGUAGCAAUUGUCAGCAUUUAGUAUAGCCUUGUUGGAAUGGUUAGUAUUGUAUAAAGCUUGCUGUAAUUGGUCACUGAAUGCUACAGUUGGUGAAAGUGAUUUAGCAGAUCCAUGGAGUACACAGAGGGUUAUAUGGGUGGUCUUUGUCUGAUAGUCAUGUAGGGCAUUCAAAAUCAUGAUUGUUGAGUUGGAAACCUUAAAUACUUUCCACACCAUCGUCCUUCUCCUGCAAGCUGGGGUGUUUCACAAAGCACAGGGCAUAUGGUCUACCCCAUGUGAACUCCAAUCAGUUAUAACCUUUUCUCUGUCUGACAUUAUCUACAGGGACCACCAGGUCUUGAAGGCGUAUGUGGACCCCCAGGAAAGAGAGGACCUCCGGUAAGGAUUUGCUAAGGGUCUAGAGGAUCUUACAGUACUGGCACACUGUUGGCAGUCUUUGUCUCUGCUCUCACCUUAAACUUUAGGCAGGAGGUGUAUGUGUCACCUAACUUUAUUAAUACUGAUAAUGUACAUUUGUCUUAUGUCUCUCUUUUUGUAUUUUGUUACAGGGAAUGAUGGGACCAGAGGGGCCCCCAGGUCAGAAAGGAGAUAUGGUGCGAAUCAAACCAAAAAUAAAUUAAAUAUCACUUUCUACCUGUACAUGUGUGUGUUGGUGUUUAGAGAUAUUUGCCUGUGUUGCUGGCUUUAUAGGUGUAGUAUAAAUAGUUUGUAAGUCCUUGAACUUGACAUUAGUUUUCUCUGAUUUAGUACUCCAGCACAGUGGACAGUAACAGGACACUAUAGUCACCAAAACAAUUUAAGCUUAAUGAAGCAGUUAUGGUGUAUAGAUCUUGCCCCUGCAGUCUCACUGCUCAGUUCUAUGCUAUUUAGUAGUUAAAUCACUUUAUGCAGCCAUAGUCACACCUCCUUGCAUGUAACUUGCACAGCCUUCCUAAACACUUCCUGUAAUGAUAGAUCUAAUGUUUACACUUCCUUUAUUGCAAAUUCUGUAUAAUGUAGAAUUUAUCUCCUGCACGUCUAAUCGCUUGCUAGAGUCUCCUGUGUGUGGUUAAAGUUCAAUUUACAAAGCAGGAGAAAAAAAAGUUCUAAACUUAGUUGACAUAUGUUUUAAAAUGAAACCAUUUUUUCUUUUCAUGCAGGCUGUGCGUGUCACAGCCAGGGGAGGUGUAGUUAGGGCUGCAUAGACAGAAGCAAAGUGCUUUAACUCCUAAAUUGCAGUGAAUUGAGCAGUGCGACUUCAGUGGCAUGAUCUAUACACAAAACAUGCUUCAUUAAGAUAAAAUAGUUUUGGUGUCGAAAGUGUGUCUUUAAAUAGGAGAUCGUGCAUAUCAUCAGAUUCUGUAGGAUUUAUAGUUUACCCCAGAAACUGGCAAGUCUAAACACCAGAAGGGCUUAGUCAUAGAUUGAAAAACAAAUAUAAAAGCAGAACAAUUCCUAGAAACAAAGGAUUUAAACUUGGAUUUCAAGAAAAGUCUAUAUUUUUAAAGCAACACUUACAUUGAUGCAGUGUCUGACAGUAAACGGAUCCAGGAAUGAAUAAACAAAGAGCAGUCUUACAAGGACACUACUAGCACCAUAACCACUUAUUGUGUUGGUUGUAAUGCUGUUAGGUUAUGGAGCCUUUCCCAGACUGUGUUCAAGCAAUUCCUCUGCACCUCAAGUCUGUAAAAUCACCCAUCAAAUAAGUGGAAAGUUUGGACCAUAGACUAAUAGCACCAUAAGCACAAUACACUGUAGUAUAAUAAGUUGUAGUGUUUACGGAGAGAUACAUUAACUAAAAAAAAAAUAUGCUACAAGUAUAAAAAAAAAUAAAAAAUGGAUACAAUAUAUAAGUCAACUGGACCUCCUGAAACAUCACAAACUACAGUUCCAAAUUCUAUUCAUUUGUAGAGGAUUUCCCAAGCUAUUCUGUAAAUAUUUAAACUGUAAUACAAAACAAGCAUUGAAUUCUUUGUUGUAAUGUUAAAGACAUAGCUCUGUUAUAUUGUAUCUACCUCCCUCUUGCAUUUUUUUAUUCCCGGAUGCCCUGGUAUAGUUUACUUCUUGAUAUAAUUUUUCUAAACAUCCCAUUUUGCAGGGAGCACCCGGAUUAAUAGGAUCACGUGGGGAAAGAGGAAUGCAGGGGCCCAUGGUAAGUCAUUUAUUGAAGAUGUCAAAUACACCCUACAAAAUAUAUGACAUUUAUAGGGUGAGCUUAUUCUAUGUUCUUCUUAAUUUGCAUAAAAUUUCCUGUCUGUGACUAUUAGAAGGUUGUUGUAAUGUCACAGUGUAGUUUUAUUAAAAUAAAAAAUAAAAAAACUAGCUCUAAUAGAUAAAACAACCUCCUACAAGGGUAUUAACUAAUUUAUUAAGGUUUAAAUAAUACAUGUCUAGCAGGGUCACAGUCUGGUAAAGAGUCAGGUGGUUAUGACAUUUUGCAAAUACUAUACAGGUUACUCUAGUUGGUGGCAUGGUCACCCAUGAUUGAAAAUAUUUACCUAACACUUAUUGAUAGACAAUUUAAUAGAUAACGGGAAAAAUGUAUGAAGGAACGUGAUGGAACGCUAAGCUUUCUUAUGUUUGUUUGUCCUUCCAGGGGUUAAUUGGCUGGCCUGGUCCUGAUGGACCUCCUGGGGAAAAGGUGAGAUCGCUAUAAUUGUUGCAUGAUGAUAAAAAAAAAAGAAUGGUCCAAUGUCAUAGAGUGUAUUUUAAAGGGGAACAGUCAGGUCCCUGGAUUUUUCAUAUUGUGUUUACUUAUGACUAUUAUUACAGAUAUGUACUCGUGAGGUGUGAAAAUAAAGUAAAAUUUAAAAAUCCACACCUCUUUAUUUUGCACCUGGGAUCUCUGUCAAUUAUUUUUAUAAGCUAGGCCCCUACUCUCUGCCGAAGACCUACGUCUAUCCUCUGUUCGUACUCCCACCUCUGAUGCUUGCAUGGCAGACUUCUCUAGAGCUGCACCGUUCCUUUGGUACUCACUUCCCUUUUCUGUUAGACACUCACCCAGUCUCCACUCCUUCAAAAAAAUCAUUAAAAACUCACAUUUUCACAAAAGUGUAUCAACUAAACUGUUAAUGACUCCAAAACCCUAAGUCUUCAUUUAAUACUAUUCUACCAAUCUACUUCCCUAAUACUUCCCUUAACGUUUGUGUCACUUUACCCCACUCCCUUUACCGUGUAAGCUCACUGAGCAGGGCACUCAACCCAUCUGUUCCUGUGCGUCAAACUUGUCUGGUUACAAUUACAUGUUUGUUAGUCCACUCAUUGUAAAGCGCUGCGGAAUUUGUUGGCGCUUUAUAAAUAUAACAAUAAUAAUGAUAAGCUCUAUCCUUUGCACCUGACAGUCAGCAUAAAGAAAGCAUACAGAUAAGAGGAGAAAUGAAAUAGGCAUGUGCAUGGGAACAUUUUUCGGUUCGGUUCGGCAUUCCGAAAUUCGGUACUUCGGCAAUUCAGCACUUCGCCACUUCGGAAUUUCAGCACUUCAGAAUUUCAGAACUUGUCUUGCAGCCGCUUGGUAGAUAACUCCCUAAUUCCCACGGUAUUAGGGAGUUAUCUACCAAAAGGCUGAAAGACCUAAAUUGGUCUUUCAGCCACAUUUACUAAUACUAAGUAAAAAUUACUUAGUAUUAGUAAAUUUUGCCCCUACCCGCUAUACCCCCACCCCUGACAUUAUUUCCCCCCCAUUCUGAUUUAGGGCCCCCUCCCGCUGCUCAUGGGUGGGGGCCGGGGGGAGGACAAAAGGUCCCCCCUUAUUUUACUUUAGGGCCCCCAUCUGCCGUUCAGGGGUGGGGGCGGGGGGAGCAAUAGGUCCCCCCUUCAGGUUUGGAGGGGGGACGUGUUUUUUUUUUGUUUUGUUUUUUACAGUGAGCAGCCACAGGCUGCUCACUGUUUAAUAGACAUGCCCCUACUCGCGGUAUAGCGAGUAGGGGCAUAAUUUACUAAUACUAAGUAAUCUUUACUUAGUAUUAGUAAAUUUGUCUGAAAGACCGAUUUAGGUCUUUCAGCCUUUUAGUUGAUAGCUCCCUAAUAUCGUGGGCAUUAGGGAGUUAUCUACUUAUUCAUUCCUGUCAUUACAAUGACUGGCCAAGUAACUUACAUUUUAUAUGAAUGUGUGUUACUUGAUUGUUCUAAGUGUUGCAAAUGCUUACAGCUGAAUCCUGGCUAUGUUUGUAUACUUUUUAUUUAAAAUAGUAUACAGUGUAACAUUCUUCUUCUUCCACUGGGUAAGUAUAUUAGUACUUAGGCAAAACUGUGCUUCGGGUCUUCGGAAAUUCAGUAAUUUCGGAACUUCGGGACCUUGGUAAUUCGGCUAUUCGGACAUUCGGAAGUACCCGAAUGUCCGAAUUGCCCGAAAUUCGUCCGAAUACAUAUUCGGCACGAAACUAAUUGCACGUGUCUACAAUGAAACCUGUUGUGAUUUCUUCUUUUCAUUUGCAAUGUUUGUCCUGACUUCACCUUGUCAGAAUCAUUUAAUUUGCUUAAUCUUUAAAACACAUUUAAAAGAAAACAAAGUAUUUUGUGAAAAAAAGGUUAAACGAUCUAGGUGAUUUUUGUGCUAUUCUAUUCAGUGGUAUACUUUCCAGUGAUACAUGCAGUAGUGUGGUAUUGUUUAAAAUCUGUAUGAAAUGCCAUGUUUGUAGGGCCCUUCUAAAAGUCUCUUCUUUGUUGUCAUCGGUGCCUGUUCCAGUGUAAGAGCAUUCCUGCUGUAUAGCAAAGUAGAUGGAGAGCAAUUCACAGUCUUUCAACUAGGGGCUGCUAUUGUCAGUGUGCAUUGCAGCAACCGAACGUGAAAAAGUAUUUAUAUAUUUUUUUUUUACUGUUUUAAAAAGGUUCAGCAUGGUUUUGAGAUCUAGUCCUACUUCCCACAGUUCAUUUUAGUUUUAGAAAGAUAGCAAACAGUGAAUCAAAAAGAGAUGGAGGACAACUGUGUCCUGGGAAAUGGAAUGUUCAUAGUACAAAAUACAUACAGACAUACCCACUAUAUCUGUGCCCUAUGUACCCGCAUGAUGGAUGCCAUCUUCUUCACAGUAACUUUCCUCUACUGUCUAUAGGGUCAUUGUGCCGGAGAUGGAGAGAAAGGGAACCCUGGGGAAAAAGGUGAAAAGGUAAUUAAAAUAUUGCAUUUUGCAUUAUUUAUACACAUUUUAGUAGGAUUAGCCAUUACUCACAGAGAACAUCUUGCAAUAUUAGACUAAAACAGCCAAACUGGAAAAAUAGCUGUAAUGGAAAAUUUUCCAAUUUGGAUGUUUUGCCCUAAAAUUCUCAAUUUGCCACAAUCUGAUUUAGUGAAUAGACUUAUAGACCUGAACACAACUUUUAAUGUGUCUCUGCCAGGGUCUUCCUGGACCAAUGGGUGCUCAUGGGCCACCUGGCAUUCAAGGACAAACUGGUUUUGUCGGUUUUCAAGGACCAAAAGGCCACAUUGGACUUCGUGGAGUUGUAGUGAGUAUUAACACCUUGUUAUUCUGUAUUUUUGACACUGUCACAUUCCAAGUUUAAACUUGGUGCGUCUAUUGUUUUAAUAAGUAACUAACUAAACAAUAUUAUCGCAGUGCCAUCACAAUGUAGUAUUCUGAUACAAAUCCCAACAAAAAACCCUAGUUACAUUAUUAACUCUGAAGGGUGAGGACCAUGUGGCCCCGAGCUAUGAUUGUGGACAGAUUAUCCUUUAAAGUUUUCCCUUGGUUAUUUGAUGGCAGAAAUGGAAAUUGAGCACAGCACUGCCUUGUUUUAUUGCUAAGCAAUUAUUUUAUUGUGAAAAUUUAAGUACAAUCUUCACGUCGUAUUUUGAAAUUUUCGACAUCAAAAACACUUUUAUUUUCUCUAAAAUGGUUUAUUAGCUAUUACAAUAUCUCUAUAUUUUCCUACAGGGUGAUGAAGGACAAAUAGGGCCUCCUGGUUCAAAUGGCAGUGAGGGUUCCAAGGUUGGUUCACUAAGUGUCCUGGUGUAGAGCAUGCUCCAGAUUUCAAGAUGACAACCCUACAUCUUUAUUCAUUACUACACUGUAAUGUGUGGAUCGUAUUAAGAUGUUAUGUGGAUUAUCUUGGUUUUCAAUUGUAAUCUCAUAUGCAUUACUUUUCAUCAACCCUAGGGAAAUCGAGGACCUGAUGGACCAAAAGGGGCUGCUGGACCUAGAGGAAACAGGGUAACCAUAAAUGGAUUGAGAGAAUAAUAAGGGAAGAGCAUGGUUAGGUUAAGACUCUGGUGAAUGGUUAGAAAGAAAAUAGUUAUUUAUCCAAAUAAAGCUAUAUGCCCAUGAUAUGAGAAUCCUUAAGUCAUAGCAUGACAAGCUGAAGAGCCAACUGGCUAAAUAAAGGUAAAGGCUUUGAUCUUGAACUAAGAAUUGAAGUGAACAUGGAAAGAAAUACAAUGAAGCAGAGAUGUCGGAGGUUAAGGUGUAAAAGAGCAAGAAAGAAACAUACAGCAACUACUGCAAAUAAACUGGAGCAGACCAUGUUCAUGUCAGCGACCGACCUCAGCUCCAUGUGUAGACCAUGUUCAUGUCAGCGACAGACCUCAGUUCCAUGUGCAGACCAUGUUCAUGUCAGCGACAGACCAUAGCUACACGUGUAGACUAAGUUCAUGUCAGCGACAGACCACAGCUACACAUGUAGACUAAGUUCAUGUCAGCGACAGACCUCAGCUCCAUGUGUAGACCAUGUUCAUGUCAGCGACAGACCUCAGCUCCAUGUGCAGACUAAGUUCAUGUCAGCGACAGACCUCAGCUCCAUGUGUAGACCAUGUUCAUGUCAGCGACAGACCUCAGUUCCAUGUGCAGACCAUGUUCAUGUCAGCGACAGACCACAGCUACACGUGUAGACUAAGUUCAUGUCAGCGACAGACCUCAGCUCCAUGUAGACCAUGUUCAUGUCAGCGACAGACCUCAGCUCCAUGUGUAGACCAUGUUCAUGUCAGCGACAGACCUCAGCUCCAUGUGUAGACCAUGUUCAUGUCAGCGACAGACCUCAGCUCCAUGUGCAGACCAUGUUCAUGUCAGCGACAGACCUCAGCUCCAUGUGUAGACCAUGUUCAUGUCAGCGACAGACCUCAGUUCCAUGUGCAGACCAUGUUCAUGUCAGCGACAGACCACAGCUACACGUGUAGACUAAGUUCAUGUCAGCGACAGACCACAGCUACACAUGUAGACUAAGUUCAUGUCAGCGACAGACCUCAGCUCCAUGUGCAGACUAAGUUCAUGUCAGCGACAGACCUCAGCUCCAUGUGCAGACUAAGUUCAUGUCAGCAACAGACCACAGCUACACGUCUAGACUAAGUUCAUGUCAGCGACAGACCUCAGCUCCAUGUGCAGACUAAGUUCAUGUCGGCGACAGACCUCAGCUCCAUGUGCAUACCAUGUUCAUGUCAGCGACAGACCUCAGCUCCAUGUGUAGACCAUGUUCAUGUCAGCGACAGACCUCAUAAAUGGAUUGAGAGAAUAAUAAGGGAAGAGCAUGGUUAGGUUAAGACUCUGGUGAAUGGUUAGAAAGAAAAUAGUUAUUUAUCCAAAUAAAGCUAUAUGCCCAUGAUAUGAGAAUCCUUAAGUCAUAGCAUGACAAGCUGAAGAGCCAACUGGCUAAAUAAAGGUAAAGGCUUUGAUCUUGAACUAAGAAUUGAAGUGAACAUGGAAAGAAAUACAAUGAAGCAGAGAUGUCGGAGGUUAAGGUGUAAAAGAGCAAGAAAGAAACAUACAGCAACUACUGCAAAUAAACUGGAGCAGACCAUGUUCAUGUCAGCGACCGACCUCAGCUCCAUGUGUAGACCAUGUUCAUGUCAGCGACAGACCUCAGUUCCAUGUGCAGACCAUGUUCAUGUCAGCGACAGACCAUAGCUACACGUGUAGACUAAGUUCAUGUCAGCGACAGACCACAGCUACACAUGUAGACUAAGUUCAUGUCAGCGACAGACCUCAGCUCCAUGUGUAGACCAUGUUCAUGUCAGCGACAGACCUCAGCUCCAUGUGCAGACUAAGUUCAUGUCAGCGACAGACCUCAGCUCCAUGUGUAGACCAUGUUCAUGUCAGCGACAGACCUCAGUUCCAUGUGCAGACCAUGUUCAUGUCAGCGACAGACCACAGCUACACGUGUAGACUAAGUUCAUGUCAGCGACAGACCACAGCUACACAUGUAGACUAAGUUCAUGUCAGCGACAGACCUCAGCUCCAUGUGCAGACUAAGUUCAUGUCAGCGACAGACCUCAGCUCCAUGUGCAGACUAAGUUCAUGUCAGCGACAGACCACAGCUACACGUGUACUAAGUUCAUGUCAGCGACAGACCUCAGCUCCAUGUGCAGACUAAGUUCAUGUCGGCGACAGACCUCAGCCCAUGUGCAUACCAUGUUCAUGUCAGCGACAGACCUCAGUUCCAUGUGCAGACCAUGUUCAUGUCAGCGACAGACCUCAGCUCCAUGUGUAGACCAUGUUCAUGUCAGCGACAGACCUCAGCUCCAUGUGUAGACCAUGUUCAUGUCAGCGACAGACCUCAGCUCCAUGUGCAGACCAUGUUCAUGUCAGCGACAGACCUCAGCUCCAUGUGUAGACCAUGUUCAUGUCAGCGACAGACCUCAGUUCCAUGUGCAGACCAUGUUCAUGUCAGCCACAGACCCUGCCCAUGCAGACUAUACCAUAAGUCAGCGACAGGACAUCAUAGCUACACGUGCUAGACUAAGUUCAUGUCAGCGACAGAUCAUAGCCACACAUGUAGACUAAGUUCAUGUCAGCGACAGACCAGUCUAGACAUGUGCAGACUAAGUUCAUGUCAGCCAUAUGACCUCAGCCCAUGUGCAGACUAAGUUCAUGUGUCAGCAACAGACCAGCUACACGCAGACUAAGUUCAUGUCAGCCAUAGACCUCAGUCUAUGUGUGCAGACUAAGUUCAAGGCUCAAGGACAGACCCCAGUCUUACGUGCAUACCAUGUUCAUGUCAAAGGGACAGACCUCUUAGCUCCAUGUAGACCUCAUGUUCAUGUCAGCUGCAUAGACCUCAGUUCCAUGUGCAGACCAUGUCCAAGGCUGGGGCCACAGACCCCAGUCCAUGUAGACCAUGUUCAUGUCAGCCACAGACCCUCAGCCCAUGUGUGUAGACCAUGUUCAUGUCAGCGACAGACCUCAGCUCCAUGUGCAGACCAUGUUCAUGUCAGCGACAGACCUCAGCUCCAUGUGUAGACCAUGUUCAUAUCAGCGACAGACCUCAGUUCCAUGUGCAGACCAUGUUCAUGUCAGCGACAGACCACAGCUACACGUGUAGACUAAGUUCAUGUCAGCGACAGACCACAGCUACACAUGUAGACUAAGUUCAUGUCAGCGACAGACCUCAGCUCCAUGUGCAGACUAAGUUCAUGUCAGCGACAGACCUCAGCUCCAUGUGUAGACUAAGUUCAUGUCAGCGACAGACCACAGCUACAUGUGUAGACUAAGUUCAUGUCAGCGACAGACCUCAGCUCCAUGUGCAGACUAAGUUCAUGUCGGCGACAGACCUCAGCUCCAUGUGCAGACCAUGUUUAUGUCAGCGACAGACCACAGCUACACGUGUAGACUAAGUUCAUGUCAGCGACAGACCUCAGCUCCAUGUGUAGACCAUGUUCAUGUCAGCGACAGACCUCAGCUCCAUGUGUAGACCAUGUUCAUGUCAGCGACAGACCUCAGCUCCAUGUGUAGACCAUGUUCAUGUCAGCGACAGACCUCAGCUCCAUGUGUAGACCAUGUUCAUGUCAGCGACAGACCACAGCUACACGUGUAGACCAUGUUCAUGUCAGCGACAGACCUCAGCUCCAUGUGCAUACCAUGUUCAUGUCAGCGACAGACCUCAGCUCCAUGUGUAGACCAUGUUCAUAUCAGCGACAGACCUCAGCUCCAUGUGUAGACCAUGUUCAUGUCAGCGACAGACCACAGCUUCACGUGUAGACCAUGUUCAUGUCAGCGACAGACCACAGCUUCACGUGUAGACCAUGUUCAUGUCAGCGACAGACCUCAGCUCCAUGUGUAGACCAUGUUCAUGUCAGCGACAGACCUCAGCUCCAUGUGUAGACCAUGUUCAUGUCAGCGACAGACCUCAGCUCCGUGUGUAGACCAUGUUCAUGUCAGCGACAGACCUCAGCUCCAUGUGUAGACCAUGUUCAUGUCAGCGACAGACCUCAGCUUCAUGUGUAGACCUUAAAGGUGCUCUUUUACAUGAUGAGAUGUUUUUGUCAUUGUCUAUUGCUCAGUGUAAGUCAAGUGCAGUUAAUGGCCCUCAUAUAAGAUGCCUUUGUGUCAAUUGCAGGGACGUAUGGGACAAAGAGGCCUUGCUGGUAUACCAGGACCUCCGGUGAGUAAUAAUUAAUAAGUAACUGGAUGGUGAAUUCAUUAUAGACAUCUGAAUAUGUGGUAUAAUCUUACAAUAUUUAAAAAAAAAUGUUUAUCUUCAAUGACAGCGAGUAUAAUGUGGUAGUUAUUUGUCCAUGGAUAAUAAUCAUGUGCUUUAUACCUGUGGGACACGUGGUGUAAAUUUAAUUGGCUCAGCAAGCCCCACACCCUAAAUAUCUUAAAAGUAUAUUCUGCUUCUGCAAUGAAAGAUUGAGUAUCCAUUGCAAACUAGAAUGAAUAAUGAUUGACUCUCCUUAGGGAAUUAGAUGAUUCAUCAGAAAUGACCCCAAAAGAAUGGUCACAGUUAGCUGUUUUCUCCCCUGCAGAACUUUCAUGCAAUUCCCAUCAGUAUGAAGUUGUGAUAAGUGCCCAGGAAAGCAUGGCACCCCUAUCCCUAGCUGGUGAGACAGUGCUGGGGCUUGAGUGUAUUUUGCUUUAGAUCGUUCAUUGUUCCGAUUCUCUCCUUACAGGGUCAGCGAGGAGUCCAGGGGCCGCAGGGAGCAGAAGGACUGCCUGGUACACAGGUUCCCACUAUGCACUAAUUACCCAUUAUCUGCCAUGGUCCUUGGCAUGGCUGGCAUGGUGUUUGCCCUGACUGGCGUGGGGCUUCGCCUGGCCGGUGUCAUGCCUGGCUCCACUGUUGCUGUGACUGGAAUCUCUGCGUUACUGUAUCCACACAUUUUUACAUGUUCCUUUACAAAGCCCUGCUUGGCUAUGUGUUUCCAUCCAGACAUCAGUACACAAAUCUCCCUGGACUAGUUAAACAGUGAGCUUAAUACUGACUUGCUUAACGUAGGACAUAAUAGCAAAUAUCUAAAAAGCUUUCUAAUUCAGAAGAAUUCAAGAUAUUUUUGUGAAUUCAGCUAUUUUGGCUAAAUAUAUAAAUAUAGUGCAUUUUUAACUCGCUGUUUAGUGAAAAGACCCCGAAAUGUGUGUGGAGAAUAUUUCUUUACAGAAGCACUGCAAAUCACAUACAUUACAUCUCAGUAUGUUAAAAUACAUCUAAAUUCUUAGAGUACAUGAAUGAAUUUCAGGUUUCUAUCUCUGUGUGGUGGUGAGAGAGGUGUGUGCACCAACAUCCACUUUGUCUUCCUGGAAACAUAUCUCUUUAUCGUGCUGGUGGGGCAGUGUAUGAAAAGUGCUGCCGUGCAGAAUGUGCUCUUCAUAGGCGGCAGAAGGGAAAUUAAUUAAUCAUAAUUCGGUGAUCUCAUUGACUGAGUGAUUAGUUGAUUUUUCUCCCGCAUUAUAUAAGGGCCACAUACUUCAGGGCAGCAUUUUUCAUGUUCUGAAGAAUCAGCAGAGGUCAAGGAAAACAUGGCGGGUCUGGCAGCAAUACACAGCCCUAGCCAUCAGGGAGUUGAUAGGAGUGAGUUUUAAGAGGCAUGACCCGCAGGCGUAACCAUGGCCGUUUUUAAAGUUACACUUAUUUAGUUGUUGUUAUUAGGAUUACCAUAUUGCAAUGUUUUUCUAAAAGGGAAAUCAGCUAAUCUGCCAAUCACUGUAUUUUUUUUUCUGUCCCAGCAGUGAUUAAUCAGUUGAUUUUACUCCCGCAACAUUUGAAUGCUACAUACUGCUCACUUUUCGUGCAGAGCCCCACAGCAUGAAGCAUUUGCAUGCUUCCCGCAAAAAUGUACUCAUCUGAGAGGCCUAUCUGUGACGUAUUGUGAACAGUGGGUGUAAUUAUACAAGAAGCGACACACUACGUAAUCACGCAGGGAUACCAUUAUUCUUGGUGUUUAAAGACAGGCCUCCAUUUUAUCCUGUCGUCUAGGACUGUCAUUGAGUAACAGUAACAGGGAAUGGAGGGUGUCGGACUGCUUUAAAGUGUCUGUUUCCCAAAUACAUGUAUCUAUAGCUUUACAAUGUUGCACAGGACAUGAUAUCUCAGGAGUUCUGGGGUUGAGUACAUAAAAGGGCAGAUUCCAAAAAGUCAGGGGGCAAAUUCACAUUCCCAGGGCAGAGUCUAGCCCAAUACCACUUUUAAAGUUUACCAGCCACCAUAGUACAAGAAGGUGAUUGAGUUUUGAUCACCAGGGUACAAGUUAAGGUACAUGUUGUGUAGGUUAUGAUGUUUUGCUAUGUAAUCCUGAAGGCUGUUAUGUACGGUGUGACCACAAAUCGAUGUAGCAGCAGCCAUGUUGUGUAGAGUUGCGUUAUUUGACGGUAUGCAUGUUUCGUCUUUGCUCUACGCUCUUUAAGUAUUAUACAGGUGCUUUAUCCAAACUGUUUUUACUAGUUUAACAAAUCUCAUCAAGUCACAAACCAUAUUCUGACACACUCUCUUUUCCUCUCUCUGGAUCAGGGACUUGCAGGUUCUCUCGGGGCCCCUGGAAUCAGAGGAUUAACCGUAUGUACUCUCAUCCAAGCUUUCUCUGUGUCAUGUAAUCUUUGAAUAUGUAAGAGAAAUGCGUGGGGAUUUUGAUAGAAAUUGGUUUUAAAAAUGACUAAGCAGUUGGCUCACACCUCUAGUUAUGGGAGUCUUUGCUGUGGAGUGUUAUAUUUUAUUGCUUAAAUUGUGUACAGUUCAUUGGAUUAGUAUGAAACACUAUGGCUUAAAGCAUGAGUUAGGGAGUCUGUAAUAUCAAGGAGAGACAUGUACGAGGGGAAACUGGUUAACACAUUAUCUAAAAGGAAUAUUAAUUAUAUAGAGCCCAUCUUAAAACUGUAGUACAACCUUUUUUUUACUGUACAGGGUCUGGCUGGACCUCAUGGGAAUAUUGGAAUGGAUGGAUCGCCUGGACCACCAGUGAGUAUCUCCUUCUUUUCUUUUUAUUCAACACAUGGACAGUCCGACCCAUGUGUAACAAUAACACAAUUCUUCCAUAUUCUUGCAGGGCCCUCCAGGGAGACAAGGGAUGGACGGAGCACCAGGGCCCUUGGGGGAAAGGGUAAGUAAGAUAACAAAGCUACCGGAUGUGUGAUGAAAAAACUGUUAAUAUCUCUUAAGUGUGUACUUAUAACAUUUGUUUUAUGUCGUCUAUUUUGUCUUAUGUCAAUAGUCAACCAUGUUUUUCUAGUCCCAAGCACCCAUUUGUAUUUUAAGUUUUUGACUUUUAAUGAAACUUGAUUAUAUAUUUUUUAAAGUUGUAUGUUGAUUUUUUUUAUUUUUAUUUUUGGAAAAAAGUCACUUUUUACCUGUCUAAGCAGCCAUGUUGGGUCAGACUCUACUGUUACCUGUCCAACUGCUGCUCAAACUAGCUUGACUACUGCAGUGAUUGCUCUGUGUGAAUCUGUAGCAGGAGGCAAGUUAGGUUGAGCAGCAGUUGGUCAGAUAAUGCUACAGUCUGACCCAACAUGGCCUCUCAGCCAGAUAAAAAGUGCAAUUUUCUAAAAAAUAAAAAACAAUAUAUAUUAUUUGAAAAAUAUUCAUAUCAAUUAAGUUUUAACGUAAUUUUUGAAUAAUAAUAAGUAAAUAUUUGAAUAAUUUAAUUAGUUGUCCUUUAAGAUGGUCUAGUUAGUUUUUUUUACUCCAUCUGCAAGAGUGUUUCUUAAAAUGUGCUACAAUUUUCCUUGUUAUAAAGCAAAAAAACACUGACCUUACUCCCAAGACAGCAGGACAAUAGAGAGUCAUUAUAUUAUUAAAAGGACACUCCAGGCUGCCCCACACGUUAGGUGCACUGUGUAGGUUAGGUUACAGUUAUACUGGGUGGGUUUAUAUUAUUAAAGGGACACUCCAGGCUCCCACACACGUUAGAUGCACUGUGUAGGUUAGGUUACAGUUAGUUAUACUGGGUGGGUUUAUAUUAUUAAAGGGACACUCCAGGCUCCCACACACGUUAGAUGCACUGUGUAGGUUAGGUUACAGUUAGCUAUACUGGGUGGGUUUAUAUUAUUAAAGGGACACUCCAGGCUCCCACACACGUUAGAUGCACUGUGUAGGUUAGGUUACAGUUAGUUAUACUGGGUGGGUUUAUAUUAUUAAAGGGACACUCCAGGCUCCCACACACGUUAGAUGCACACAGUUAGUGGGUAGGUUAGGUUACAGUUAGUUAUACUGGGUGGGUUUAUAUUAUUAAAGGGACACUCCAGGCUCCCACACACGUUAGGUGCACUGUGUAGGUUAGGUUACAGUUAGUUAUACUGGAUGGGUUUAUAUUAUUAAAGGGACACUCCAGACUCCCACACACAUUAGGUGCACUGUGUAGGUUAGGUUACGGUUAGUUAUACUGGGUGGGUUGAUAUUAUUAAAGGGACACUCCCGGCUCCCACACAAGUUGGGUGCAUUGUGUAGGUUAGGUUACAGUUAGUUAGAUUGGGUGGGAUUAUAUAAUUAAAGACCUACUUUUCAGUUGCAGUGUACUAUACAGUAUUGACCAACUCUGAACUGGAGUGUCCUUUUAAGGUGUAUAAGUUUGUUUUUCAUUCCCAUUGCAGGGCUUUACCGGUAAGCAAGGACCUGAAGGUGCACAAGGACCUGUAGGCAUGUAUGUAAGUGUUGUAAGCUUGCCUUUAGAUCAUCCAUGAUUUAUAUUUUAUUGCAUGAUCCAUGUAUGUGUGUGGAAAGUGUGUGCUGCAGAGCAUGCAGCACAAAAAUGUGACCUGAGUCAGAAAAUACUGGAUUCUAGGGUCGAUCAUCGUGGUUCUCAAAUACUGGUUGGGGGAGCCAUCUUGUUUGUCAAAUUCUGAUUACUGGGGAUAGCCAUCUUGUUUUUCAGAAUUACUUCUCAUUAACUUAGACAAAGCAAAUAUUUCUUAAUGCUUUUUUUAUUGAAAAUUGCUAUAAAGUGUUGUUUUGUAAACAGAUCUGUGCACACCCUUACUAAGCACCCAGGCUAUAAAGAGUAAAUUGUCACAAUAUCUCACUUUGUGGGGCUUAAUCUUUUAGUGCCUGAAUCGUGAAAAAUAUCUAUCUUUUUGUUUCCAAGGGUUUCAAAGGCGCGCCUGGAGAAAGAGGACGCAUAGGACAUCCGGGAGAAAAGGUAACACACUUCCUAUCCCUGCGUCCGCCAUGCCCCCUGUAUGCAGAUAUCAAUUUCCUAUUAAUUAUUCACAAACUGGAAAUUGUCUGUCCUUAUUAAUCGCGAUUCUUGUACUACUAAAACUUAAUAAAAAUAAGUAUAGGCAAAUUUGAAGUCUGCUGUUGACAUAUCAUAGACUGAUGAGAUUUGUGAUCUACAGCACUGUGCAUGCCUAUGCGUUAUGGAAAAAUGUCUUUAUUUUUGGUAAUGUUUGUAAUCUCAACUGUUCUCUAAUUAAAUAGGGGGAGCCGGGUGUACUAGGAUUUCCUGGAGCACGAGGGAAACCAGGACCAAAGGUAUUUGCAGAUGGAUAAGGCUGUCCUACGUGCAGAUUAAGUGUCCUUUGUUAAAUUGAUGUUCUCUAAUGUUUUAGUUCUCUUUAUGGGGCUAAUAUACCGACCUUAAACAUUUAGUGAACUGAAAGCUGAGAGCCGCAGUUUAGGCAAAGCAAUUUGUUUUUUAGUUUGCUAAAAUUCAUUGCUUUAUAAAUACCCCAAUGUGUACCACUCUAUUUAUCAUUUCUACAUAUUCCAACUGCGAUGUUUUGUUUAACAUUUGGACAUACAUAUGGUGCUCUGAUUAGGACACCUCCCUAAAUCUUUACAUAACACCUUCAGACUCUCACAGUUCACCAUAAUCUAACAUUAUUCACAAAAGUAAUAAGUAUGUUUUGUCCUCAUAGGGUCCCCGUGGCUCACUAGGAGAUCGAGGACUUCCUGGACCUCAGGUACAGUCAUAGAUCUGCGCCUUCACCUCCCAUUCUAAAUUCAAUGCAUUUCUUUCUUCAUUAGUGACUGGUCUAAUUUAAAUGGCUAGUCUUGAAAUCUUGGAACUGAGAGAGGAAAAGAGGGACGUAAUUGAAAAUAUCCCCGAAAAAAGAACAAAUCAUAGUUCCUUAAUUUUUCAACGCUGUUAGCAUUAGUAGCAAUUUUUAAAAUGUCUUUAUUAAUACCAAAUUUUAUUUCAUUUUUAAUAGAACAGAAAAGAUCAGCAUGGUAUCAUGAGACUUGCAGGUUCCCAAUGUAGUAGAGAGCAUUUGGUCUUACAGGACCAGUCCAAGGCUACAAACCUCUAAUAAAGUAAUUGCGUAAAGAAGGCUUGUGAAAUUUACAUAUCCAAUCAUGGUGUGCAGAUAGGUAACAGCAUAUUCGAAUAUUGUUGCAAUCUGUAGGAAAUAAAAACUAAAAUAGACAAAAAUAGGUAUGGAGACACAUCGAGUCCCCCACAGACCUCUCCAGCCAAGGCCUCACAGGUACAGGUAUCCUUAUGAGGCAAUGACCUCUAGGUAACAAAUGGAAGUCUUAGGAGAUGGGCUUUCAAAAACUACAGUACAGUAGUCGGUAAUGUGUCUGCAAUGGUCCUAGGGCAAGUCAUUAUCUGUGUUCUCGCCAUUUUCGCUUCACCUCACAUCUCGUGUAUUAAGCUACUAGGGUCAUGUAAUUUUAGUAACAAUUUAUUAAUUCAUUCAUUUUAUUCUCUAUUUUUAUGGCAGUACAAAAAUGAUUAUUAGUGGGACGUUUUUACUUUCGGUUCAUUUUUAUGAUGAUAUUUUUCAGUUGUACAUUUUUAAUACACGCAACCCAAUAUGUCUGGGAAUUUUAUUUCUCUUUGUAUUUCUAUAACUAUUCUGAUUUUAGGGUCGGAUUGGAGAUCCAGGGGAACAGGGUUUACCAGGACCACUGGUAAGUGUGUUCCAACCAUCAGGCAAGCUUGGCCUACACUACAAAUACUUAAAUUGCAUUUUAUAUACUGGGGUUGUGGUAGUUCUAUAACUGUCAGCAGUGUCUGCUCCAUUGUGUGUCUGUGGCAUUGUAUAUCGACUGCUGGUUCUUCUCACGCAGGGACCACCUGGAAAUACAGGACCAGAUGGAGAGCCUGGGAAAGUCGGAUCCCCGGGUAAUCCAGGUCUUACUGGCGAUGAAGGGGCCCCAGGACCCACAGGAUACCCAGUAACUAUCCCUUUAUCUUCCAUCCCAUGUCUAGCAUGUAGAAUAUGACAUAUUACAUGUACGUAUAUUAUUACAUAGACUAUGUGGAACCAGAACCAUCUGAAUUCUUUGUCUGAUGUAUUUAAUAAUACAUAUAAUGGAGUGUGUAAUGCAUUUAAAUCUCCAAUGGUCAGUUGUUCCUGAGGUGCUGGAAUCACAAGUUCAUACACUAACAAGAAUACCACUAAAAUACGUUUCUUUUUAAUUUAAUAUGAGUUCAGAUAGGAACUAAACCUCCUGACCAUGUCUCUAUGCUUUAUAUAUUGAGUUACAUGUAGCAUGCCUAAUAAAGUAAGCGACAGAUCUUUGUGCUUCGAGAAAAAUUGACCCAUUUGUAUGUCAGUAUUUAGUGUUACCCUGUAGCCUCCUUCUGUUUUAGGGUCGAGAGGGUCCCGUUGGUGUUGAGGGACCAUCUGGGGACAAAGGUGAGAUGGUAAGUUAAUCCUGUACAUAUUUUGAAUAGAGUGAUAAAAAUUAUGGAUUUAAUCAAGAUUUGGUGUGGAGUGGAGUCUUUUUUUCAUUGUAUAAAGCCUAUAAACUUAUACAUUCCUUGCGGUCACCAAUAUUAUUUACAACAAACAUAAUGGUCAAUGUUUCAUAAACAAGCUCUGCAGAAGAUCUCAUUACUCAUUUUUGGAGCAGAUUUCCCCUAAUAUUAAUGGGACAACACAAGCACCACUUCAUCUUAGUGGUCUUGGUACUGUGACCAUAAUUUCCCAUAAUGGAAAUCAUUGCUGUUUUGGAGAUACAGCAGUGUUUACAUUUUGGGUUAGCCACAACUUCAGUGAAUAUCACUCGGACAUCAAGAAGAUGUCUUUUGUAUCAACAGCAAAAAACAAAUGUGAGGAAGGCGGAACUUGAUGGACGCAAGUCUUUCUUGAGCUAUGCAAUAUGUCACUUCCGUGUCCACGACUGAGUAGGACUUGGUUUUUCACAUUUUCUCAGUACAAUGCUAGCAGCCCCAACAUGAGCAUGCAUGCGUUAUACCUCAGUGCUGUCUUUGGAGGCGGCAGGUCAUGAACGACAAGCUGAAUUAUAGCAGCUCGUGGACAUGCACACCGUGAGUAGGCAUGGUGUCGCUUCCAAAGCUUCUCGCAAAGCUGCAUUGGAUGCAGUGCUUGACUGGAGAAGUCAUCAAGCCACAAAGGUGGGGAACUGGGCUGCUCCGACUGUGUCUGGAAUAAAAUUAAGUAAGGGUGUUUUUUUAUGUUUCAAUCUAAAAGGGAGUGCCUGGGGUCAAAAUUAUACCACAAAUAUAUGAAGACAAAAAUAAAAUAUGUAUUUUUGGACUAUAGCCUUUGUUUUCCAUCCUAACAGGGUCCAGUUGGAGUGACUGGAGACCCAGGAGUCAGGGGACUGGAUGGAGAGCAGGUUAGUUUUUGAACAUUUUCCUGGGUAUAUAUACAAAUCCGCUUUCUUUUCUAUAUGUUUACAUAUAUCUAUCUGUAUAUAUGUAUACAAUAUACAUAUACCUAUAGAAGGGAAUGUGUGGUUUAGGUUGUAUGGUAUGUAUAAGCCAGCAUUCACUCUGUGGAUUAAUAUUUGUGAAUUUCUAUUAAUUUUUUUAGUGCCAGAGAAAUCAGCUAUAAAAACAAUGCUUCGUAUAUCAUGUGAUUCUGCGUGUGAUCAUGCGUUUUACCGUGUGGCUACACAAACUUUCUUAAUUGUUGACAGCUGUCAGUGGCAAGAUAAUGCAGGCUUUUUCCACUGUCAAUCAUUUUGGGCCAAAGAAACUGAAUUGGAGAAAUUAUUCUAAUUAACGUUUUUUACAUAGUGAACAAUUCAUUGUUAAGUGCAAUAACUGUACCGUGUUUAGUAUUAGUACGGUGUAUUUGUGUGCAGUAAUUAAUUAAUUUCCUCAUCCUAUAAUUUAUUUCAGUGAUUAGUUUUAUUUCUUUUGCCCAGGGCAUGUGCAUUCCCUAAACACUUUAUCAUAUAUUACAUGAUAUGCCCGUUAUCGAAUCCUAGAGCCCAUAAUGCCAAUAUCUCUGCUUCGUAUCAGAGCGUCUCCUCCAUAGGGAUAGGAAUCUAUCCUUCUACCUACCUGCCUACCAUCAGAUAUGAACAUGUAAUGCACAAUUAUCAAAAGAAAAUAGCAAAAACGAAUCAGAAUUGUUCAUACAAUAUGUACGCUUGUGAAAUCUCUUCUAAGUUGAUGUAAUUCUGUUAUAUUAAAACAUUAUGUGACAGUGUUUUUCCUUAUCUGCCACUUUUUUAGUUUGUUUCCAUUUGUCUGUGUGCUGUGUUUGUGUUUAUGUGUGUAGAUCUAUUUAUUUGGCUCUGGUUGUAUGUACUACGCUAAUUACUGCUCUCUUUGUACCAGGGUAAACCAGGCUCCAUUGGAAAUGAAGGACCGGCUGGCUUAAAGGGAGACCAGGUUCGUAGGCAGAAUCUGAUUUUCACUCUUUGCUCUUCUAUUUUAUAUAUGUUUGUAAUGACCAAGCUUUGUCCUUUGUACAAUACAAUAUGGACGGAGCUGCAUUUUCUUUUACCAAAGUCCACAAAUUGAGCCUAUAGCGAUUUGUGAAAUCUGAGAAGUUGGUAUUAAAUAAGUCUUGUCCAUGAAGUGGUAUGGUUGGUGUAGUCCUUGUGUCAUAUGUGAUUUAUAUACGUAUAAAAAUUUGAGUGUAUAGGUGUUUGUUUUAUUUAAAGGAUGUCUGAAAGUUUAGAAUGUUAUGUUGUAUGAUACAGAUGCAAAGAUUUUUUCAGUUAUUCUGUAUGUUUAGGGUUUGAUGAUUUUCCAAAUAUUAGUGAUUUAUUUCACUUUAAGAUGUGUAUUAUUAAGAUAUAAUGACAUAAUUACACUAGGUUUUAUUCUAUACUAGGGAGACCCUGGUGUACCUGGAAGCCCUGGUCCUACUGGACCUGCUGGGGACCCAGGUGAGAGAGGACAUCAAGGUCUACUAGGUGCCCCUGGAGACCAAGGCAAGGAGGUAUGUUGCAAAAGCUGAUGGGUAAGGAGAUGUAUGAGUAGUGGCAGAUUCCUUCUUACUGGCUGGUUUCUUUAUGUAGGGGGAUGUAGGUGACCCUGGAGACAAUGGGGACCCUGGUGCACGAGGAAAAAAGGUUGGUAUAAAAAACAUUUUCAAGCAGAGGUUGGAUUUUCCAUCCAGAACAUAACCCUUUACCAUUUGUUAUAGGGAGAUGUAGGUCAACGUGGCAGCCCUGGAAAUCCUGGACCAAGCGGUGAGAUGGGAGAAUAUGGCAGCAGAGGCGGAAAAGGAGAGAAAGGACAGGAAGGUUUCUUGGUGACUAUCUUUAGCUGAUGACCUUAUUUUUAGCAUACUUAUAGGUUUUUAUUUUCACGUAUUAAAGGAAAAUUCUUGUCUUUUUGGUGAUGUAUCAAAGCUAGACUUAUUAUGGGAUACUAUUUUGUUCUUCCAGCUUGACACGUUACAUAUUUUCUUUUGAGAUUCCAUUAUGUAUUAUAAUUAAUUGGUACUUUAAUGUUAUAUAUACGUAGAUUUUAGCCGUAUCCCAAAAUCUGUUGCUGGUUAUUUAUAUAUUGUGUAAAGCUCGGUUUUGGGUAACGACCUUGGGAGGCUGCAUUGUGAUUCUAAAGCUAAGUAUUGUUUAUGUUUACAAUUCACUGAUAAUCACUGUGGUGAUAUUCUGGAUUUGUAUUAUAUACGUAGAUAAGUCAUUUGGUUGUUGGAGAACAAAAUUCACCUAUAUUUGUGACAAAAUAUAAUUGACUCUGCAUUCAUGGCAGUGUUCUUCUGCAGGGUCCACCAGGGCUUAUGGGAGUUACUGGACCAUCAGGACUUCCCGGACUAAUGGUAAGUUUCUGUGAAAUGGGCCUAAUACAUGCAUGAAACAAUGUGAUGGGGGUCUGCUUAAAACCCAAAACAUAAACUUCCUAUUGUUUAGUUGGUGUGUGGUUUUGCUUUGACUUGGACAUCUUAAGGACUCUCCAUUUAUUAUUUCCUUUCUUCUUCUAUACAGGGAGCUAUUGGGAACCCAGGUUCACUGGGAGCUUCAGGACGUCAAGGCGUAAAAGUAGGCCUCUCACUCAGACCACUUGCAUCUUGCUGUGAAUUCUCAUUCUUUUAUCAUCACAUUGGUUCUUGUUUUUUUGUAGGGUGAUACUGGUUCUGCGGGUGAGCCUGGGUUUCAUGGUCCCCAGGGAAUAAAGGUAUGUUUUCUGCAGGUUUGGCUUUCAAUGAGAGCUGCUCACAUGUAGAUAAUAAACCAUGACAUAUUUACUGAAUAUCAUAUUAAAUAUAAUUAUGGACUAGGCUAAGUAAAGAUAAUGCAUAGUUUUAACAUGUGGGAGCAUGGUAUCAAUAGUCCAUCUUUAGUAGGUCACACUAAUGUCCUGGAAAACACUAUACAAGUGGCUUGCUGUACACUCGAUUAGAUAUAAUUCCUUCUGUCUUAACAGGGAUUCUUUGGAAAACGAGGAGAAAAGGGGGACAGAGGUCCAAUGGCACUACCGGUAAGUGACAUGUUGAGUAUGUGGGGAAAAUGAUGUGAUACUGUGAGGCUACUCUAAUUGUUUCUUCAUUUAUCCUGUAGGGUGUAAUGGGUCCACCUGGCAAUAAAGGUGUUCAAGGGCAGCCUGGACUUAGUGGAGUUGAGGGGCCCAAAGGGGACACAGGACAACCAGGAGAAAAAGGAGUUCAGGUAAAGCUAGCCUUUAUGAAGUGUCCUCAUAAAACCAAUAUGAAGUUAAGUGGACUCACAAUGUGAUGGAAAAUAUCUUUUAUGCUUGUAGGGAACACCUGGUCCUGCGGGAGAAUGGGGUGUGGCAGGGAUACCUGGACAAGAGGUGAGGCAUAAUACCCAGUGUAAAACCGUACAGCACACGCCAUGUUUACCCAGCAUGACAUGCAAUAUACAGAAUCUUUACUGCCAGUUCAUUGCCACGCCGCAUUCUAAACAGUCUUGCACCGUGUGCCACAAUGGAACAUGUCAUUUACCCAUCAGGAUUUUAAAGUUUAUGUCUCUUUACUUUCCUCAAUGUUUUUUGGUUUUUUUUGCAUGCUCAUCUCAUUUUCAAUUAAAUUUGGGGUAAUCUAGUUGUUGCCAUGGUGAUUAAUCCAAACGUACCUCUAUGCCUAGGAAUUGUUCCAGUGCUGAAUUGCUAAACUAGACCUCUUGUUAAGGUUUACUAACAAGAUUCCCCUUUUAUUCCAGAGGUUUGGUCCUCUGUACAUCAUUCUCAUUUAGGACACUGGCACAUACUCUUAAUGGGACUAACAUUUCUAUAAUAUAUGCAUUUUAUACAUUGGCAAGUCCAUGUCUGUCUAUACUUUGCCAAUUUCUCUACUUUUUCUUGUAAACUAAAUUUAAAUAAACACUCACCCACUGAUGUCUCUUUUUGAUAGGGUCCUCAAGGUGAAAAGGGUCAGCCGGGAGAACCAGGUGAAUCGGGACAAGUGGUACGUGUGAGAAAUUUGUUAUUGACAGCCUCAUUUUGAGACACAGACAAACGAUUCCUACUUUGUCAAGUUUUCUAUACUUUGUGAUUGCUCUGCCUGAUAGCUUUGUACCCCUUUCCAGGGACCUGCUGGAAACCCUGGGCAAGAAGGAAGAAUGGGACAGAAAGGAGGGAAGGUGCUGAUUUUAAUUAAAUACCAUAUCUCAUAUAAUUAGUUUUUCUUCCUUUUUUAAUUAAAAUAAAAUUAUGAUACAUUUUAGACAAGCUUGAUAUACUUCUAUAUACACCAGAACCCACCCUAAUUUAAUUUCUUCUUCCUCACCCAUUUCCACUCCACCCCGUGCAAUAGUAUGUCAACAUUACGAAUGGAAUGUGAGCUAUAUGCAACGAUCGAUGUAGGUUACUGUCUUUUUUUUGUCUCAGAAUUGCUUCUUAUACAUAAUCUUGAUAGAGCGAGGUUCUAAAUUGCAAUAACCAUUGUUUGUGUGUCAUUUGAAGGGUGAUCAAGGAAAGGAUGGCCGCCCUGGCACUCCAGGAAGUCCUGGCAGAAAGGUACAGAACUAUUGAAAACCACGGGUCUGGCCACUAAAGGUUUAAAGCCAUGGUUUUUUUUUUAAAGUAAAACAUACCUCUAUAAAGACAUUUAAUCAGUAUUCCUUAAUUCAUGCAUGAACCGUGUUCUGAAGACAGGCCUAUCUGCCCUUAAAAUUGUGAACUUUAAUAUUGUCCUUUACUUAGGGUAAAAGAGGAAGAGCUGGCCCAAGGCCACCAAGAGGGCUGAUUGGUCCCAAGGUAAGAUUGCCAGUGUUGUGGUAUGCAUAUGGGGCAUCCUGAAGAUUUGAUCUCAUUUAAUGAUCUAAUGAACGUCAUGUUACAGGGCGCUAAAGGAAACCAGGGACCACAAGGACCACCAGGACCCAGAGGACCUUAUGUAAGUAACAACCCUUGUGGUGGUAUGUGGGAAUUUUCACACACUACAGAUGGCAAUGCAUUUGCUUUUAUUUCAGGGUAUUCCAGGACUCAGAGGACAAGAAGGAGAUCCAGGCCUCAGCGGUAUGAAAGUAGGUGCCCAAUUUGCUUGACUGAUUCAUGAUCUGAAGAAUUAAUGAUUGGAGCACACAUACAAUUAUCAUGCUGGCUCACAAAGUAUUCAUAAAUUUGAAUGCACAUUUAGGAGUCUCCUGAGAGAUACAUUAUGAAGUAUAAACAUCAAUAGACAAGUUGUAUAAAAACUCAACUUUUUGGCCAAUAAUCAAAGCAUAUACAAUUGUCAUGCUGUAAGCACUUAGUCAUAGUCAUAGUGAAUGAAUGUUUGUGAUCUUCACUACAAUCAUAGGUCAAUGGAACAGCGGUCAUCGAAGAUCAAAUACUGCAAUAUAUUUUAGCACAAGGUUCUGAGCUGUAGCAAGUUCUUCAGAAUCUAUGUCACCUUUUAUCCUGACUACACUAACUAAUGCAGAAAUUUAUCUUUUCAUUUUCUUGACAUAUCCUGUUACAGUGACCAGUGAAGUAACAUUAGAUUUAGUAAAUCCAGACCCUAUGUCUACAGGUGUCUACUGCAAUUUGUAACGUCUAGUUCUUUAUUGGUUGAAUUGGAGUAUUUGUCACACUGUAUUAUAAAUGCAUCAAGCUGAUUUCCGGACUGUGACCAUGUUAGCUCUUCUUCAGGGUGAACUUGGCAUGGAUGGACCAAUUGGAGUCAAAGGAGAAGAUGGAAUGAAGGUCUGAAAGAUCUGCUCUUAACUGUGCUCCACAGCAUUAACACCAUUGCUUUAACCCUUUUCGUUUUCAGACGUUCGGCUUUUUUAUUUUUUUAGGGAAAACAAGGACCUCCAGGACAUCAAGGUUUUCAAGGAGAGAAAGGGGAUCAGGUACAACACUGCAAAUCUUAGAAAUCCAAAUUUAGUUAUUAUUUAUUAUUAUUGCCAUUUAUAUAGCGCCAACAGAUUCCGUAGCUCUUUACAAUAUUUUGAAUCAAGCAAGAGUCACUGAUAAGCCACAGAUGUCAUUCUGAGUUUAGCUAGGAUAUUGGAGAAUAUUGACCAGUGUAACUCUGUUUUUACCAGGGUUUCAUCGGCCUUCUUGGGCCACGAGGAUUUCCUGGUCCACGGGGAGAACCAGUAAGUGUGACAGAUAGACACAUGAUCAGAUGAAACAAACCUUCAUUAAGGAAUCUCAUACCUAUGCAUUUUACAUACAGAUUAUUAUCCACUAAUUUACUUGUCAAUUAUUACCAGAUCAUUCACAUUUUAGGUCAUGUACCUAAAGAUUUUCUUUUACCGAUGCAUUUUACAUACCGACUAUGGCUCAUUGUAAAUAUUUCUUUUCCAGGGACCAGAAGGACUGAAGGUGAGAUCUCUGCCAGAAGCGUUACUGUGUUUUACAAAUUUUAUUUGCCUGCCCUAUUAAUAUGUGUUUUACUUUCAUUUCAGGGACUGAAAGGAGUAGAAGGACCAGAGGGUCAGAAAGGACCAGCUGGAUCACCUGUAAGGACGAAGCGCACAGAUCUUAUACCAUUAAUCGCAGCAUAAUUAAUAACAACUGUAAUUAGCUGAUGAACUCAGUGGAGAAAAAUUAAUAUGAACCUAGAAAUGUGAAUGGAGCUUCCAAGUCUUAGCUAUGUAGCUAUGUCUGCUUUGCACAACAUGCCUGUGGCAGCUCUGUGUGUGAAGUCAUGUGAUUGGAUAUAAUUGUACAUAUGCAGUAUCAGUGUGCUAGCUUGUCAGCUUAGACCAAACUAGGCAUAUAUACAUAUACAUUCAUAAUUAGAAGUACAAUCAUUUAAUAUAAAAUGUAAAUGUCAAAUUAACAACUGGACAAUCGCAUGAACUGAUAGUUACUUUAAAAUUGUUCUCACACGUCUGUUGUUUCUGUCUGUUUGCAGGGCCCUCCCGGUCCGCCUGGUCCCCCAGGACCUAAUCUAAACAUAAGUGCUCUAAGCUUACAGGUAAGUGACUUUGGUGGUUUGAUGGUACAACGCUGGAUUGAUGUCUUCUUAGACACAGAAAGUAGUAGAAGCGCAUGAAAGGGAACCUGACACUAAUAAUACAGUCUUUUGAAUAUCAUGAGGAAUUUGCCAUGGUUGGGUGUCACCUUAAUCUUGCGUUUUGGAUAUAUUUAUAUUACUGAGAGUGUUAGAACUGCAUGAUUCCAACCAGAGUAAAGGAUUCACCAGCACUGCUAGGAAGAGUAUACAAACAUAAUAUUGUAAGACGUUAUCACAAUGACAACAAGGCAUUUUUAACAGGAUACAUCUAAGGGUUCCUUCCCUUCCUCUUCCUCCCAGCAUUUGCCUCCACACAAUGAGACCUGGAGUAGAGAAGGGCCAUGGAGUCUCCUGCAGAGCCUGGAGCAAGAGUUGAAGCUCUUGGCUGCUCCACCAGAUGGCACUAAGGAAAACCCAGCGAGUACCUGCAAAGAGUUACAGCUAGUACAGCCUCAGCUCACUGAUGGUAGGUCUGCAUCUUCCCAGUCACUCGCUCCAUCACUUACUUUAUUUGGUUGGACUCACAGUGCCACUUUUUUAAUGGGGCCUACUGUUCUUGUUUUUUUUCUGAAGGAGGCAGAGCGUUAAGCUAAGGGUUGUUUUUUCCUAAUUUUUAACGUGGCUCCAUAUUAGAAGUAAUGAUACCAACCCCAAAUCUAACACUAAUGGAAGAAAAAAAAAUCUUGUUGAACAGUGAAUUAGGAAAUAGGGUAAUCUACACACAAACGAGACGUUUUAUAAAUAAAUCUCUUAAAUUUUCGACGCUCCCUGAUCUAUAAAAUGCUUUCAUUAGGUUAGGUGAUAUGUCUCUCUAAGACUACUAAGCUCCCCAACAAACCCUGAAACAUGGGUAGGCAGCCUUCAGCACUCCAACCAGUAGUUGUCGACUACAACUCCCACAAUGCUCUUACAGCCAUAAUGCUGGCAAAGCAUCCGGGGAGAUGUAGUCCACAACAUUUGGAGUUCUGCAGGUAGCUUACACCUGUUCUGUGAUGAACAGAUUUGUUCUGCACCUGUAUUUCUAACUGGUUGGUUUAUGAUUAUUUUGACAAUCAUAGGCAUGGGCAAGAGACGUGCCAGCUGUAUCCAGACGUACCCUAAUGCCAAGAUUCCUUUUCCUCCUUGUCCCUGUACUACCUUUUACCUAUUUUUUAAAAUUAAAGCACACUUAACUGCCAAAUAAAACAUUUUUUUAAUAUCACUAUUUAGUAUAUGUGCCCCAAUGAAAACAUACAUGCAUGAAUUAUGCUUUUUUCAUUAGGGUAUAUCUACAAACAAGAUCUCUUGUCUGUACCUUUUGCAAACCCUUCCAUUCUAACCCCGCCCAGACUUCCUGUGGCUGUCCAAUCACAGAAUGCACAUUAAUGAGAACUCUUUGCAAGGCAGGUGCUCUGAGCAAUUGCUGCCUUUUGAGUUUAGCUCCACUGAGCUAAACAAACCAGGAAGUAACAGGACCAGGUGUCUGAUUGACAGCCAGAGUGGGUGUAACAAGGUUCAUUUAUAAAAGUGUCACUUUCUAUUGAAAUCUGCACUUUUCAUAAAAUACCAAAAAAAACACACUCUUCACACAUAAAGCACCUCAGCAAGCUAAAGUGUGUUAUGUGUGUUGAGUGUUCUUUUAAUAUUUAAGGUUAGAUGGUAUUUUGCUCUGUGGGCACAUCCCCGUAUAAUAUGCUGUAAUAUGUUUCCGUCAGGUUAUUAUUACAUUGAUCCUAACCAGGGGAGUCCAGGAGAUUCUCUACUCGUUUUCUGUAAUUUCACUGCAGGAGGUGAGACAUGUGUACCUCCCGAGGAGGGCCAGGUAAGUGGGCGAAGUUUUCCAAUACUCAAAUGAAAGCUACAUGUUCCUAAGUUGUUGUUUUUUUAAUUUGCGACAAACUAUCAAGCAUUCUGCGACAGAUGUUUUACUUAUUGUCCCCUAGAUCCCUGUUAAAGCGUGGCUUCAUAGCUAUCAGAAACAAGAUGGAUUCCAGUGGUUCAGCACUCUACCCGAGGGUUUUACAGUAAGAUAAAAGUGGCUUCUCUGAACCAUGAAAUGAGAAUACAUCAAAGAAGGUUUACAGGAUGAUCUGUUAUUUAUAAUGUGCCAACAUAUUACGCGGUGAUGUACAAGAGGUGAAAUACACAGCGUUAUUCAUGAAAUUGAAAUUUACUUCAAAGUGAAUUUCACAUUUAUGGCCAACAUAGUCAAAAUGAAAACAGAAUUAAUAGGAGAAUUUCUCUAAUUUGGCCUAAAUUCACGUUGCUGGGAAUCAUGUUGGAUUUCCAGCAAUUCUGACUUAAGUGAAUGACAGCGGGUAGAAACACAGUUUUAUUUUAGCCUCCAUUGCUCAAUGUAAUGAUGUUAUAUCACAGGCAAACCAUUAUUAUUAACACUUGCCGAUGCCAGAGUAACACUGUGUGCCGGUGUCAGGGUGAUUUGUGGUUGUGUCAUAUUGUUGCCAUUUUGUUUUGAUUGAGGUGUUCACGCAUUUCUCUGCCCUCUUACAGUUCACGUACAGAGGUUUAGGUGUCGUCCAGCUGCGUUUUCUGAGGUUGCAGAGCAUCCAGGUAUACCAGAAGAUGCGGUAUUUGUGCCAGGCUAGCCAAGGUAUCGCUGCUCGGGACAAGGAUGUCAAGUUCCUGACUGAUACCCGGGAUCAGAGUUUCCUCGUUACUCUGCAGGGCUGUGAGGUACAGAUGCUGGGGUUUGCAGGAUUAACAUAUAUGAGAUUUAUCAUCACGUAUCAACAAAUAUAUAACGAAAAGUUAUUCAUUCUGUAAAAUUUUGUUUACUGACAUGGGGGAUUCAUUUUUGAACUUACAUAUGAAUAGUUUUAUUUCAAAUGACAUUCCUUUUAUAGCAGACACCCUGUGAUGAUACGGGCCUAUGUAUUAAAUGAUCACUCAGUUUAGCUUGCUGAAAAGCUUUAUUUCUGAAGAGUGUGUCCUAUUGUUUUCAUUUAGAAAAAAGUGCAUAUUUCAAUAGAAAUGUACACGUUUAUAAAUUAACCUGGUUACACCCCUCCUGGCUGUCAAUCAGACACACGGUCCUGUUACUUCCUGGUUUGGUUAGCUCAGUUGAACUAAACUCAAGAGCACCUGCCUUGCAAAGGCUUCUCACUGAACUGUAUUGGGGAGUCUAGACAGCCACAGAAAGUUUUGACGGGGUUAGCAAUGGUCUUGUAAAGGCUGCAGACCGGAGAACUGCAGUUAUUGCAAGCUGUUUUUAUAUACCCCAAAUGUAAAAAUGCAGAAUUAAAUGCGUGCAAGUUUUCAUUUGGGGUAUAUCUACUAAACAGUGCUUUUUAUUUAUGUUCUAUUUGGUGAGUGGAGGGUCCCUUUAAAGCAAACCACCAGUCCUGAUAUUUAAGUAUUAAAAGCAGGCAGCCUGUGCUGACACUGACUUAUAGUUUUGAAACAGACAGCAGUUUUCACAACAUGUUGUAGUUUCAUAGCAGACUCUAGCUUUAGAUACAGUAUUGUACACUGAUAUUCACAAAGCACUGUUGCUCUGACAUUUAAAAAAAAAAUAAUAAUUUUGUUGUGCGCAGACAUAUAACAUUCGCUUGUGAGGUACCCCAAAGGCAAUCCUCUAGCGUUCCACAUUUAUAUUUUACAUAGGGGUAUAUGAGAGACAUGCACAUUUUUGUUAUUAUUUAGUCGUACAUGAAAAUGAACAGGCGCUUUUGCGAGUAAGUCAUUACAUGCUGGCCAUUAUAGUUAAAUUAGGCUGAGUAUGUCACUGGAGCCGGCUUUGUGUGAAAGAGUGUAAGUCAUGCUACCAUAAAAUGGAACAUAUUUAAGAAACAAAGCAAGAGAGUGCAUCUAUUGAAAACAUAAGCUAUGCAGGCCUAUGUAGGUAAUAUCAAUGAUGAUUAAUACAUUUCAACGUCUAGGCACACGUUCGUAGGUGCAUGUAUAAAACGUAAGCUAUGGUCACGUUAAUGCUUAUUAAAGUAAUACAAUUCACUCCUGUCAGGCUAUCUAUUCAUGUCUAAAUGCUGAACUAUGCAGGUGCAAGUAGGGAAGAAAAUAUGAUACAAACAUGGUGAAAGCUAGACAUUUUCUAUUGUUAUUGUCCAGUGUUAUAUUUACUAGUCAUCGGCUGUGGUAGCUUGCGGUCGGCAUCCAUUAAUCCAGCUGUCCCUUGCUAUGAGGUUCUUCACCCGAUUCCCUGUCUGGGCCCUGCUCGGGGUUGGUUGCGGGAUUUAUCUGGGGCAGCCCUGCUGUGUUCUGAGUGUGUGGUAUGUCUCCAUCUCCAGCCCCUAUCCGAGUCUGUGAUAGUUGUAGUAAGGCAGUGGUCCCCCCUUUUGGUGCUCUUCCAGUUCCCAGUCGGGAUGGAGUCCGGGGGUAUGGUGGCUAGAGUCCUCUGACUUGUAUUAAGCCUGUCGUGGGCUUGAUGUCUCUGGCGAGGGUUGUGAAGCUGGUGGCGGCUGGAAAUAUCUUCUUACAAGGUCCCAAAAUCUCUGCACUGUUCUUUUAAACAAUGUAAUUAUCAUGGAGGCCCAACCAAUACUUAUUCUAAAUUAUGUUGGCUACAGUGGGUACUGUGAUGAAGUCUAAACAAAUUAUGUAUUCUUUCAACAGUAUGAAGAACAAUACAAUCGAACAGAAACUCUUCUCCACUUUGCUCCUUUGGACACAUCUCUGCUGCCUCUACGGGACUUGGCUUUGUUUCACGAUGGCGACACAGACCACCUAUUUGGCUUCUUCAUUGGGCAAGUGUGCUUCAGCUGAGAGCAAAAGUCAACUUUUAAAAUUUUGUCCCCAAGGGCAUACAAAAGUAAAAAUGGAAGACCCGUGUUAUUUAUAUAGGAUAUUAUCGCAUGGGUCCUGUGAUCUUGCCUCUUUAACCUCCUCUCUCUGGAAGGGAGACCAUAUAUUGUUUACAGUGAAGCUACUUGUGCUCAGAAGUUAAACUUCUGCUAAAUCUCCUGGUGAGAACCUCCAUUACACCUCAAGACUUUCUCCCAACAAGGCAGGAACUUCCGUUACACCUCAAGAUUUCCUCUCAGUGGGUCAAAACUUCCCUCAAUAUGGCAGGAACUAUCUGUGUGCCUCAAGAGUUCCAUCCAAUACAGCAAGAACCAUCUGUGUCCCUCAAGAUAUCCUAUCAAUAAAAUGGGAACCACUCACUACACCUCAAGACUUCCCUUCUACGUGAAACCUUAAAUGCACUUAAUAGGUGUUUCAUUUCAUGAUUUUUUUUAAAGACACACAAGAUAAAUGGUGCUUACAACAUGUCUUAUUUGGAAUUAAUAUAUACCAAGUAAGAAGAACAUUUCAAGGUCAACUAAUAUCAGUGGUACCACAGCGUAGAGGUACCAAUCUCUUAAGAAGUACUUAUCCAGUCAUUCCAGGGCAGACUAUGAACCUAAUGUCUAAUCAUUUUAAACACAUGGACCAAAUGGUUUUAGCUUGUAACACUGAUAAGCAGAGCUGAAAGAAAAAAGCAUAGAAAUGAAUUGCUUGCAAUUGUAUGGUUAUUGGGUAAUUUGUUAAAGAAUGAAAAUCCCAAGCGUUGCAUAAUUCCAAAUAUCAAAUGUGAUAACACAAUUGGACUGACUUUCAUGAGAGUCUCCCCUGCCUAUGCUUUGAAACUAGGCGUUAUACCAGAGGUGUAAAUAGAACUCUAGAUACCAGAAUCGAAUCUAACAUGAUACGCACAUAAAAUGUAUAAUACAGAUACAACGUGCAAGGAAUGAUAUAAACAUGAAAAGGAAGACUAGUGGAAAGAGGGGAGCUCUAGGCAAGAAAGUGAGGAAUGCAUUGGAUCUCUGUUUGUAUUUUGGGAGAUUUUGUUGUACAAUGAAAGGCUGUGCCUUCUGUGGUCCAUAGUCCACCCUGCAAUGUCCAAAACCCACUCUGCAUUGUCCAAGCCAUUACAAUUAAGUAAUAACAUGUUAAAAAUGAAUAUAUUAGUCAUGCACUCAAACGCCAACUACUCUUGGGCAGCAGCAAUAGCUAAUGCUUUAAUAUAUAUAUAAAAACAAAAAAAAUCCAAUAAAGUUACCUGUAUUCUAUACAAAGUCACAAUAUACACUAAAAUGAGAUUUUUAGUAACACUGAAAUGGUCAUUAAAAUGUAAGCUUACUUGCCAACAUCAAGGUAUGAUAUAGCUACUGCUCUAUUCUACUAUACAAGGGCAGUAGUAGUUUGUGUUCAGGGAUCAGUUCUGUGUUUUUAUUAGCUUUUGUAUUAUGCAGCCAUGUUAUAUCGCUGCUGCCCCACCCCAUGAGUCUAUGUCCUGUUAAGGGUUAAUUAGUUUGUAGGAAUAUAUAAAAAUACACCUUUCUGUCCCACGACAGACUUUUCCUUUAAGCUGAGGUGAAUUGUUAGCAUUGCACGCACCCAGGGCAAGGCAAGUAAUGCACCCCCUGACCCGUGGACAGUUAAGACUCCCCAAGUCCCUUAAUGAGCCCCUAGAUAGCCUCGCUCCUCCUUCCCCACCGCCUCGUCUCCAUGAUUUAUGUGAUGCUGAUAAUUGCGUAAACUUUCAAAUCCACCUCAUGCCUAAAAUAAUGCGCAUAGUCUAUACACCUUACAUUAGUUGUGAAGUGGAUUUUAAAAAUUACGCAAUAAUUAGGAGCGAAGCUAUCUAAGCACUGUUACAUGAUACUAUUUAAUAGGCAUUUAUGCAAUGCCUAUUAAUAGCAUGAUUUAAUGGUGGUAUCUUCAAACGGAAAUCAUGCUAUUAAUAGGAUAAUAUAAGGAAAAUAUGGCUGUAAUUAGCAAGAAAAUUAUUGUAAAAUGUUACGUGGCAACGUUUAUUUGCCCUGUCAUGUUAAAAAACUGUGUAGAAUGUUCAAACAUUGGCAGAUGUUCUGUGUGGGGUGCCAUUUAUUAUUUAUCAUUACUAUUUUCUUUUAUUUUUACUUUUGAAAUUUUGCACCCCAAAGAAUUUUGCAACAAGGGCAACAGCUCCUGUGGCCCCCAGCCAGAAUAAGAGAUGUGCCUUAAAAGGGCAGGUUGGGGUUACUCUUUAAUGGCCAUACAAUGGUACUAAAAACCUCUAUUGUUGGGCAUAGGUGUUUAGUAUGGUGUACAGGUGACUUUAGUUUUUGUUUUUUAAUCUACAUUGUUCCUUGUUUAUUCUCCAAAACCUUGACUCUUCUGUCUUCCUUAAGUGCUGCCCUGUAUUGUACCAUGGCUGUCCAGCCAGUGUCUGGUAUGUUCUACUGCAAUAAUUUGUGGAUUUAACAAUAACAUUCUGCUUACUGGUUUGAUGCUUAAACAAUCCCUUGGGCAUCUUUUUAAGUACUCUCUGUUUGGGCCUAAUUGUGGACCAUUUUCAGACGAUGAUGUGAUAAUACGCAAUGUAUUUUAAUUGUAUAUAUUAUAUAUAAAAUGAAGAUGCACACUUUCUAUGCAAAAUAAAAAUCUUUUUGUGAUACAA